AUGAUGGAAAACAAAGAAAGCUUGGCAGAAAUCAUGCCAAACAUUGAAGAUAAACCUGGACGGCAAGUACUCCAUGCUGUGCCUAGCCAAACUCUUGCAAGUGACGAGAAGCUUAAACUUAAUUACCCUCUUAUUAACAUGAUCCAAAAACUGACUGCCAUGGUGAACAGUGACAAAUCUGACAAAUGUAUGGAAGGGAAAAAGCGUUCAUACCCUGCUGAUUCCACACAGUCGCCCGAAGUCUCGGGGGCCAGUUCUGUGCCACCCAGAGGAGGCGAUCCCGUACCCCAAAUUUCCAAGAAAAGUAAAGUAUCCCAAGACGGUUCCUCAAGUGACUUAAACGAAAUUUUACAAAGUAAUAGGAAAGUAAUAAAUUAUCAGUGUAACAUUUGUAAAUUCACAUCAUCCUCUUUUGAGGUGCUCAAAGUACAUGUACUAAGUCACGGACAGCAGAACGAAAUCAUUCUAAUGUGCUCUGACUGUCACCUGACUUUUAAAAGCCAUGAUGAGUUGGAGCAACAUAUUAAAACACAUUGCGAAGCCACAAGUGUGGCACCUCCACCGCUUAAAGACCACGCGGCAACGGAUAAGCAAACAUCUGCAUGUUCGAACAUACCUGAGCCCGGGCGGAAAAAAUGGUAUGCCUACGAAGAGUAUGGCCUAUAUCGGUGCUUGAUUUGUAGGUAUACCUGUGGUCAACAGAGGAUGUUGAAAACGCAUGCAUGGAAGCAUGCUGGGGAGGUGGACUGCUCUUAUCCUAUAUUUGAAGAGGAGAAUGAGUCUGCUAGUCUGCCAGAUUUCACUGUGGCACAUACCCCCCAGGAAAGUGAAUCUGUAUUAUCCCAAGAGGUGGAACAUGAAGGUACUGUUCAGAUGCUUGUCUGUGACUCCCUUCAGGUGCAGGAAUCUUUAUCGUUGGAAGGAGCCAUAAAAGAACACAAGGUUGUAAGCCAAGCUCCAGCUCCAGUGACUGAAGUAAUUGUGGUAGAAGAUACUUUAUUGGAAGCAGACCAAGAAAAUAUGAUUGCCAAUAGCCUGCUCUCCUCUGCACACCAAAUAAUUAAUUGUAGUCCAAACAAGAAAGGCCAUGUUAAUGUAAUUGUGGAGCGUUUGCCUGGUAGUGAAGAGACCACAUCACAAAAGACUUUCUUGAUGAAUUCCGAAGUUGUGGUGAAAAGAACGAAGAUACUCGAAGAAUCUCAGGUUGUGUCGGAUGCUCCUCCUGAUUUGUAUCACGCAGACAAGAAUGCUGUAGAAAAUGAAGAGAUUGUUAUAGGUUGGAGUAGCACAGUUAAAAACGGGGAAUUCCAGGACACAAAUGAAAAUUCUCCACCUGUACGUCGGAGGACAAACUCCGAAUGUUUAAGGCUGCAUUCACUGGCUGCUGAAGCCCUUGUGACCAUGCCAAUCAGAAUUAUCGAAUGUCCCAAAUCCAAUCUUCGACUUUUCAGUGAUCCCAGUUCCAUUGACCCUGACACCGGGCAGCAAGAAUGCAAUGCAAACCUCGUAACGUGCCCUAAAGUAGAUUCUUCUGACGUACCCAAAAAAUGUAAUGGCUUUUCCCCAAAUCUUAAACAAGAGGACGAUAAAGUAAAACAUGAACUGACAGAGGAGCCUAUAAAAACUGGUAUUAGCAUGUCAUUGCUAAAAGUGAUUGAAAAGUUAAAGGAACGGACAGAUCAGAAUGCUUCGGAUGAGGAUAUUUUGAAAGAGUUACAGGACAAUGCCCAAAGUGAGUCUACAAGUGAUGUUAGCACAGGCAAUAGCCUUGUGGAGUAUCUGCCUACUUCUGAGCGACCUUACCGAUGUCGUUUGUGCCAUUACACUAGUGACAAUAAAGGGUACAUAAAGCAGCACUUACGUGUCCACCGCCAGAGACAGCCCUAUCAGUGCCCAAUUUGUGAACACAUUGCUGAGAAUAGUGAUGAUUUGGAGAACCAUAUGAUCAACCAUUGCAAAACAAGGACUUAUGAAUGCAAACAUUGUGCAGAAUCCUUUUACUAUAAGGUAAGACAACUUAAAAAUAUAAAAAAAAACUUACUGUUUUUAUUCUUAAAUACUGCAACAUUUUCUUAGUUUACUGGUUUGCCAGUCAACAGCCCAAACUAAAGCUGUUGGUACAUUGAGUAAUUGUGUACUAUAAAAUGUACAUUUGCCCUUUUCUGUUUCUUGUCAUAGUUUCACUUGUCUCCUUCGCCCUCAGCGUGCUUCCCUCCACAUCUUCCUCACCUGUCCUGUCUUUCUAGACGCCCGAAUCAUGCAUGCCAUCUACACUAGUCUUUAAAGGGAUACUGUAGGUAGCCAGACCACUUCAUCUCAAAGAUGUUGUUUGGGUGCCGUGCUUUUUUUUUAACCCUGCAACUGAUAACACUGCUGUUUAGCACGAUUGGCAAUGUUAACGUUGCAGGAUUUAACGUGACUUUUCUUGCUGUCACACUGACCGCCACUAGAGGCACUUCAACCUCAAUAGAGGAGUUAAACUUGGCUAUUCAAUCAGAUGGUCUUCUCUAGACUAUUUGUUUGGCGUGGUUAGUUGCUGUGCAUGGACACUGGCCUCCCAAUGCUUUCUUGUGGGAAAGUAUCGAUUUUGCUGAAACCAUAAAGAUUUAUCUCAGCCAAUGAGGUGGGGACAGCCCCCUUGAGGUAGAGAAGAUAAGUACGUGAGGGGGCGGUACCCCAACCAGUUGGCAGGUCACUACAGAAUUUGGAAUACAUGCUUGUGUUCCUUUAAUCUCCUCCCCUCCUCCUUUGCUGUGUGUAGUGUUGUUUAACUGUGUUCAGUUAAAUGCUUGCAGGACAGGAUGUGCAUACAGAGGGCAUGGCAGUUUUGUGAUUUAUUGCCACAGGCCUGAUUCUGCUCCCUUGGGUGUGUUCCUUUUAAAGGGACAGCAUCUGUGCACUAAAGCCACUACAGUAAGUUGGAGCUUAGACAGACAGUCUCUUUAAAGUGCAGCAGAAGUGGUGCAUGGUGAGCUUGGUUCAUUAGGGCGAGUCCAGGAAGGAAUGGAAUUAUUAGUCUGCAGAAGACUAAGCUGCAAAUGAGAUUUACUAUCACAGUCACAAGCGUGUCCAGUUCACCAUCUCUUCCUGGAUUUAAGAGGUUUGUAGUCAUGUGACUUGUACUUAGACAUGUUCCCCUUUUUUGCUCCCUCUCAGUUGUUUCAGCUCAGUAUCAGCCGAAGGGAAAGUUAGUGCCUAGCCUCCGUACUAGUAAUAUUGUGUGUAGUACCAAGUACUAGUCCUCAUGUCAUGUCUCUCGUAAUAAAAAUGGAUUCCCCACAGAACCAGUUAAGAACUCAUGAAUUGGAACAUGGCAGUCCUCCAGAUGUCCAUUCUCUGUCUGUGUCUACCGAAGAACCACAAGGCAGCAACGAUGAUACUGAAGAGAAAUACUCCACAGAAGGUACGGUGUCCUCUGGGUGAAUUUCUUAUUCUUGAAAUUUCGUGGACGCGAGGAAGAGAUGAGAUUGGAGGUAGUAGGAAAUAGUGCUAUCAGAGAGGGAUAAAGUAUGUAUGAUGGUGAAUGUGAAGAACGAAAUGUAAAGGAAGAAAUUAAAUUAAAAAAACAAUGCAUAUAUGUUGGUUAGGGACAGAGGGAGACUUUAGCGCGAGGUAGAGGUUUGUGACAACUGGGGAAUCUGGUUUUGCUGGGAGAAACCUGAGAGAGGAUUAAAAUACUGAUGCAUGAGACACUUGAAAGACAUUUAGGACAACGUGGUGAUUGAAACACAAGUCUGGGGAGACAGUGGAGGGCUUUAGGACCAUAUAGAAGAGGCGAGUAAAAGGGCACUGCGAGUUCCAUAAACGUUACAGCUUAUUGGUGGUGUGUAGAGGAAUUCCUGAAAAUUCUGUGCCUGUGUGAGAAUGGUAGGGACAAUCAGUAUAACAGAAAAAAACACGCAGCAUAUUCAUUUAGCUCCUCAAAACCCUUCUUUUUUUGUUUGUGGAAGCAAAUGCACGUAGAUGUAUCCAACAAAUCAGCAUGUAUGGGUUUUUAUGGUUGAGUUUAUGAAAUCUUAGCCUCUUUCACAAACCGUACUUGUUUUAACCAAUGACAUAAAAGGCACCAGUGGAAGUUGUGUUAAUUGGUCAGCCUCUGCUCGCUGGGUGUAGAGGUUAAUGAGCAGUGUCCAGCACAGUCGACAAAGGGGGAUUUUUUUCGUUUUUGUUCUUCUUAGUAAUCUGCUUACUUUUAUGAAGAACAUUUUCCUUGUUCUUGUGAGAUUAUCUCAAUAUGGAUUUAGGAUUAUUGGAUAACCUUUUUAGAGCAGAUAUGCUGUAAGACUGAGCCUAAAGCAAGACCACCUGCUUGAAAAUUAAGAUCUGUAUAAUAUUUUAUUUUUAUCUCUGAGGAGCAUUGGGUAACUGGCACCCUAGGUAUUUGUGAACUACAUUUCCCAUGAUUCUCAGCAAUUAGCACCCACCUACAAUGUUUUGUAGUAAGACAGUCUAGAUUUUUAUUUCUGUGUAUACAACUCUGCUCUUUAGUUUACAACUCACCACUGCUUACUGUGUAGCACACACUAACGAAGUUGAAAUAGAUUUUGUUGAAAUAUAUGAAUGUGAAAACAUUAUAUUAAUCUUUUUUUUUUUUUUAUUAAAGCUAGCAAAGUUAGCGCCCCUAAGCUGUACAAAUGCGAUGUGUGCAACUACACAAGUUCUACGUAUGUAGGUGUUCGAAACCACCGAAAGAUUCAUACUUCCGAUAAACCCUACAGGUAAGAUUAUUUUUAGAAUUCAUUUUAGUAGUGUAUAAUAUAUAUAUAUAUUUUUUUAUUUUGCAAUGUCUGUUUGCGUGUAAAUGUGCGCAUUGCAUGCACGUGCAUCUGGGUAUGUGCCUUUACUCAAGGCUUCGUGGAAGCACGCACUGAUAUGCUUAACUUAGCUUAUUCCAUUUUUAACUGGCAUCCCGUUACAUUGCAAGUCCAAAGUAUGUGUUUUCUUGGACUGACCACAGCUGGUGCUUUUAUUUUUGUUUCGGAAGAUGUCAAGUAUGCAAUUUUGCAGUUAGAACUGUGAACACUUUAAGGCGUCAUAUGAAAUGCCAUCCAAGGGAAUGUGGAGCAGCAUGGUUUACGUUCCUUCUUCUACAUAGUAUAGUAAGAGGCAGCGUGUGUAUCACAUAGCUAAAUCAGGAGGGAAGUAUGUAUCCUUUAUUGGUCCUUAGUUGGCAGCUUACCCAUGUGGCAGUGACCUAGUGAAUACCUGCAAAGUGUAAUAUUGGCAUUGUGGAGUCUUCAUGUCCUCCGGUUUAGUACAAUCAAUAUCACUGUCCAGUAAGAAAAUAAUUCCCUAACAAUAUACCAAGCAAUUGAUAUAUUAACCCCUUAGUGACCAGACCACUUUUCAAUUUUCUUGCCGUUAAAACCAGGGCUGUUUUUACAUUUCUGCAGUGGUUGUAUUUAGAUGUAAUUUUCCUCUUACUCAUUUACUGUACCCACACAUAUUAUAUACCGUUUUUCUCGCCAUUAAAUGGUCUUUCUUAAAGAUACCAUUAUUUUCAUCAUAUCAUAUAAUUUACUAUAAAAAGAAUUAUAAAAUAUGAUGAGAAAAAUGUAAAAAAAAAAAAAAACUUUGACCCCCAAGAUCUGUUACGCCUCUACAACCGCCAAAAACCACCCGUGCUAAAUUGUUUCUAAAUUUUGUCCUGAGUUUAGAAAUACCCAAUGUUAACAUUCUUAGCUUUUUUGGAAAGUUGUAGGGCAAUAAGUACAAGUAGCACUUUGCUAUUUCCAAACCAUUUGUUUUUCAAAAUUAAUGCAAGUUACAUUGUAACACUGAUAUCUGUCAGAAAUCCCCGAUUAACCCUUCACAUGUAUAUAUAUUUUUUUAAAGAAGACAACCUAAGGUAUUAAACUUGAGGUAUUUUGACUCUCUUCAUGCAGCCAUUUUACCACCAAUCUGAUACAUAUACCAAUUUGUAAAAGUAGACAACCUACGGUAUUGCAAAUGGGGUAUGUCCAGUCUUUUCUAGUAGCCACUUAGUCACAAACCCUGGCCAAAAUUAGCAUUUAUAUUAGUUUUUUUGCAUUUUUCACACACAAACUGCCAUUUCACCCAUGAUAUUAUCGGUAUGAUACAUUUAACUGCUCAAAAACACUCAUAUUUCUGUAGAGCAAUGUCUCAUGAGUACAACAGUACCCCUCAAGUACAGGUUUUAUAGAGAUUUGGAAAGUCAAACAUAAGAUUUGCCAAUUUCUGAUUUUGUAAAUUGCUAUUUGCCAGAUUGGCUAUGUUGCCUUGGGGACGGUAUGGCAGCCCAGAAAUGAAAAUGAACCCCACACCAUGACAUACCAUUUGAAAAAGUAGACAACCCAGGGUAUUCAAAAGGGGGAUGUCCAGUCUUUUGUAGUAGCCAGUUAGCCACAAACGCUGGCAAAAGUUAGCAUUUUUAGUUUUGCUUUUUUCUUUCUUUUUUUUUUUUUUUUUAAACACAAAAACUGCACUUUUACUGGUGAUUUCAAAAAGCUCUAACUAGAAGUGAAAUAUCCUGCUUCCUUUUUGCCUGGGAGAAGCUCUGAAAAGUGCCAACCCUAUUAAGCUGCUUGUUGUAGUCAUUGGUGGAAAUGUCUGUAAGCUCAUUGGAAAAUACUAAAAUUGUUGUUCCAUGGAUUGCAUCUUCACAUUAAUACAGCCAGAUGAGGCGUGUGUUACAGUGCACAGUGAAGCAGUGCAAAAUACUCACUGUGAAUUUAAAGCGGCACUGUCAUGGCCGAAUCCCGUUUUAAAUUUUUAAUUUUUUUUUUUUAACACCCCUCCCCUCCCGACUUCACUACAUUGUAUUAUCCCUCUAGUUGUCUCCAAACGCCCCUAAGCCUCCCAUAUUACCUAUUUUUUAAUCUUUAUUUCGUGCCCGGACCUAGGUCCUGGGCGUCCCCAUCUUUGUGUGGGUAGAUGAAGUCCCUGUGGGACCUCCCUCCCCCUCACCCCCCCAUGUCUUCCCUCACUCUAUGAGCGUCAAUAUGACCUCCAUAAUAGCAUAAGGGAGAUUAAAAUCAAUGCUGCUAUGCCACGAGUAGGAGCAUGUCUACUAAACAGUGAGCAGCCAGUGGUUUUGGACAGGACGUUUGGGAAUACUUACAGGAAGCAUCGCGAGAUCACGGAGGAAAGGUGAGAAUUGUGGGAAAAUUUUCUCAGACCACAGGAAAUGGAGCACACUUUGCUCCUCCGCUGGUCAUAGGUGGUCAGAUGUAGGAAACCUCCAUAAGACAAAAUAGUCCCUACUUUGUCUUAUGUUUUAAAGAAAACUAGAGCAGAUCCUGAGAGAGGGAGAGAAGAGGAAUAUAUUGGGGAAAGGUAAGUUCGUCAUGACGGUGACGCUUUAAGGUACAACUUGAAAACAAAACGCUUUAAAGAAUAAGAAAAAGAUAAUAAGAAAAUUGAAAUAUGAUUUGUGGUGAUUUGAAUCCAAUUCUACUUCUUUUACUCCUCUUCUAGAAACGAUAUGUGGAAAAGUGUAGUUGUGUUCCUAGUUUAAUGGGAUUUUAACCCUUUGCUGAUCUGUGAAAGAUUUGGCAGUCUUUUAAAUUAAUCACUUGAUUUCCUUUUACAUUUCUGCAGGUGCUCACUUUGUGGAUAUGUUUGUAGCCACCCUCCCUCUCUAAAAUCUCACAUGUGGAAGCAUGCCAGCGAUCAGAACUACAACUACGAGCAAGUCAAUAAAGCUAUAAAUGAAGCAAUGUCUCAGAGUAGUAGGUAUGUUUGAGAGUUUGCAGAAUGUGAGUGUUUGUGGACAGGGAUGGAUUUCCCGUAAGGCCGCUGGGGACAUGGCCUCGUGGUGGCACAUGUGAGUGGGGUGUCCCUGCUGAAACCCUGUAUCGUUGGUGGUACAGCAGGAGUGCUCGGGCGAGAAGGGAAAUACAUCUUUCCCCUUCUCGUCUGGAACCUGCAGUGGCUAGUCCUCUCUCCCCCGCAGCCAUGCGAAAGAACUGCAGGAGAGCUGGCAGAGAUGACGUUGGUGUCAUAACACUGCACGACCUCCUAAACCUGCUGAACGCAGUUACUUCUGAUGCCCCCACACCACAGGGCAGGGGGGCGGUGUGGGCAAGAAUUAGAGAAGCAAGGGAAGGAGGGAAGACUAGAAGUGAACGAGGGGGGACAUAAUAGGAGUACAAGUGACUGAAGGGCAGAGGAAACAUAAGAGAAGAACAAGUAAUUGAAAGGAGAAUAGAGGAUGGGGGAGAAAAGAGGAGAAAAAUUUUGUAAAGCAGGAUGGAAGAGUGAAACAGGUGAUUUAAGGAGGAAAGAAGGGAUUCAAGUGAGUGAGGGGAACAAAUGAGAAAUGAGGUGGGAAAGAAGAGAGGGGGAUGAGAAGAGUUAACAAUUGGAGAAGGGCAUAAUUGGGGGAAAAGUGGAGAGGAACACAUGUGCAUGGGAGAUAAAUAGAAGGGCAUGGAGAGAUAAAGAGGGGCAGAUAGGAAUUGGAAACAUUAAAACGUUACACAAAUAUCCUCCUAACUACACAUUGCCAUUCAGCCACAUACUCCAAACUGAUCAUAUUGCCCUAUCCACACAGUCAAAUAGUCCCAUCUUACCUCCCAGUCAUACCCACUCAUCCUAUAACACUUACACACUUGGCCACAUAACAUGUCCCCUACCCCUCACCCAUGUUGCACUUACUGCCAUCCAGCCACCCACCUAGUCAUAUUCACCAUACAGGCAUACCCCAAAUUAGUUACAUUCAUCCAUUCACAUACCCCAAACUAGUCACAUUCAACCAUCCAACCACCUACACUAAACUAUUCCUAGCCAAUCACAUACCCCCAAACCAGUCAAAUUCAUCAAUCCAAUCACAUACCCCCAAACUAGUCAUAUCCAUACUAUGGCAUGCACCACAUUAGUCAUAUUCACUAUACAGUUAUACUCCAAACUAGUCACGUUCAUCUAUUCACAUACCCCAAACUAGUCACGUUCAUCUAUUCACAUACCCCAAACUAGUCACGUUCAUCUAUUCACAUACCCCAAACUAGUCACGUUCAUCUAUUCACAUACCCCAACCUAGUCACGUUCAUCUAUUCACAUACCCCAAACUAGUCACGUUCAUCUAUUCACAUACCCCAAACUAGUCACGUUCAUCUAUUCACAUACCCCAAACUAGUCACGUUCAACCAUCCAACCACUUACACUAAACUAGUCCCAGCCAGUCACAUUCAUCCAACCAAUCACAUGCACCAAAUUAGUCAUAUUUACUAUACAGUCAUAUCCCAAACUAGUCACAUUCAUCCAUCCAAUCAGACACCAGGCUUCAUAUAGAUGACAUAUUGGAGUGCUUUGAGAAAACUGGCCUUUGGGCAGCAUAGAGGGUAAAUCCGGCCCUGUUUGUUCUCCCUAUAUCAUGGAAUACACUUUAUACUGAUUUUGAUAUAGAAAGUGGAUUUAAUUUUUUUAAGAUCUCCUUUAACAAACAGAAACUAAUUAAAAGAAUUAAAAUGCAAUGCUGUAAAUAUGCUGUGAUGUAUUUAGGUUUUUUUUGCAGUUGAAGAGUUUAUUAGAUUGUAAACACAGCGUUGGAACAUAUGAUGUAGAUUUAAAUAACUCUCGUUUGAAGCUCUUUUUUAAAAUUAGAAAUACUGCAGUAUACCCAUCUCGUGUUCUUCUCUCCUCCCCUUUACAGCGAGCUUUAUUUGAUUCAUUUUUUAUUUUCCUGCUAUAUUUAUUAACCUUCCCUUUUCCUUACAGUCAGAGUAUAUAGAGAUCUGUAAGGAAAAAAAAAAAUCCAAUUUUAUUUUUAAAUUUUUAUAUAUAUAUAUAUAUAUAUAUAUAUAUAUAUAUAUAUAUAUAUAUAUAUAUAUAUAUAUAUAUAUAUAUAUAUGCCUUCUGCAUACUGAAUUUUAAUUUCAGAUUACAAAACUGGCCACACGUUUACUUUGAAUGUCUUCUUAAUUAACGUUGUGUUGGGAAUAUUGACGACCAUAAUUGAUUUUAAAUAGUGUCUGUCUGUAGACCAAUACAAAUUGCACUUGCAUUAAUGACUGCAUAUAACCCUGCAAUUUUUAUUGCUAUUUUUCCUAGGGCUCAGGGAGAGCCGCUAAAGGCCACUUUGCAAGAGGAUACUGGUGUCAAAGAAGAGAGCGAUGGUGGACAUACAGCCAGCCAGUCUGCAAAUGAAGGAACAGGUCCCACCGAAAGUUCAAAGGUCAAUAUUGCUCAGAUUACUAUAUGUAAAACAGAGGAUUUACAGAGUCCCACCCGACCAGAGCCAGAGAUAUGCGUUCUCCUGUUUUGCUGUUGCAUUUGCGGUUUUGAGUCUACAAGCAAAGAACUUCUGAUGGAGCAUAUGAAAGCACACGAAGGUGAAAUUAUUAACAUCAUCUUAAAAAAACACGACUCAUCGUAAAUGAGAGCUGCGACCCCGCUCAACGCAAAUGGUGUGUAGCUGGUAUACGUAUGUGUCAACAUUCGGAAAACACGCAGAAAGGGAUUGGAAUAAUUGGAAAGUGGGAAAGAAAUCUUUUUUUUUUUUUUUUUAUCUCGCACACAAAAAAAGUAAACCACCAAAAAAACUAAAAUACAAAAUAUUUAUGAAGAACGUUGUAUGCACUUGGUAUACUGCAUCCUUAAGUCCGACAUUUCACGUUAUAUUGUUUACCUCUUCUAUAUAGACAUUUUAUUGAAUUUUUUUUUUGUGAAAGAAACCCAUAGCAAUUGCUUUUGGGGUAGACAAUAGCUAGAAUUUCCUGUUUUGCAGCAGAGUACAUAAUACUCGAGUAAGGGUCUGAUAGCCAAGAGAAUGUUUAAUAGACUUGCCUUAUGAACAGUAUCUAAAGGAUGUAUAAAUGUUUGGUUGAGUCUCAACGCUCGUAGUAACGAAGCCGUCUCUUCCGAAAAAACAUCUUGCUCUUGACAUCCGCAUAGGUUAUUCUGGAAUAUUGAUUUGUUUACGAAAAUACUGUAUUGAUUAGAGUUGAUCUCUUGCACAUUUUUUAAGAGUUGAGUGCUACAACAUGCUAACGUAUAACGCAAAUAAAAUUAAAAAAAAAAGACUUACCCUUUCAUAGUUAGAAAGGUCUCUGCGCCCAAAAAACUGAUGCAGUUUUUUGUGAAAUUUUAUGGUCUACGGACAAAAUUGCACGUUACUUUAGUCGUACAUUAUUGCGGAACUGGGUACAGUUUUGAACAAAUAUUUUGUAAUUGAUCUUAACCAUUUCAUUUUAGAUUUUUACAUUUGCAUUUUGUUUCCUAAAACAUUAUUGCAGAGUAAUUUUUUUUUUUUUUUUUUUAGUUAAAUUAUUUGUAGUUGUCUUUUUAAGUUUGAGAUUUAUGAGAGAACCAGAAUUUUCCCAAAUCACAAAUAAGCAUUCAGUGGUUGAUUUAAUUCUGGGCUGAUUUAAUUCUGCUCUCAAAUUCCAACCUUAUUUUGCUUUAUCGUGUUCCUCCACAUUUACAAAGCACUUGUAUAACUGACAAAUCCUGUGCUUGGUUACAAAAAUGUAGCUAUUACCUCUAUAUACAGCACAAUUUAUAAAUGCACUUCUCACUUAGCGUGGCUUAAUGUAUUAAAGGACUGACCUUCAGCAGGUGCCGUCUACCUACGACCUUUGUAUAUUGAUUAACUUAGCUUCAAGCGAAACUGUAUGAGUGGGGGCAAUGACUCUGCUUACAGGAAAACACUUUUACAUGUGCAUUCACAAGAGUGGCCAUUAACUAACGAGCAUAUGUAGAUAUUACAUAGUUCCCCCCCCCUUUUUUUUUUUUUCUCCCCCAUCCCUAUAGCUUUGUGGUCAUCAGAGAUUUUGACCGGUCAUACUAAAAUCUCUAUUGUAGAUAACAUUGGCAUUUAUUUGAACUAAACCAUGUCUUAUUACAGAGCACUUCUUAAUUCAGAUUUUCUGAAAGGAAUUUAAAUAUCCAAAAAUUAAAAUGACUCUUCUGAAGGAGGGGGAAGCCAAGUCCCUUGUGAUUUUUUUUUUUUUUUUUAUAUAUACCAACAAUAAAAAUGCCAUGUAUUCUAUUGAUAUUUAAUAUUGUGCUGUUUAAACAAAAGUGCUUAAAACAUGGUAUCAUUUGCCCAGUUUAUGAAAAUCAAUUCGGUGACCAUAUAAAAAAAGAAAAAAACUAGUCUCCAUUUUUUUUUUUUAUAUAUAGCAUGUGUAUUUGUAUAGUUCUCUUGAGAUAUAUAUUUUUUUAGCGUGAUACAAGGUGUGUAGUUUUUGUUAUAUUUAUUAUUCAGUAUUUAUAUGUAUAAUUUGACGAUGUAAUCCUCGUUGGAGAUAUGGUGGGUAUGUAUUCUCCUUGGUGCUACGUCCAUAGGCAAGAUUAAAGAACAUUAUGUGCUGAAGCUGCUUUAGUGACUUAUAUUAAGCAUUUGUUCCUGCCAAGGAACGAUGACAUAACACGUGGUACUAUUUUAAUUUUUUUUAUAGCUUUGGAACAUAAAUAUCCAUUUUUUUUGGGAAGCCCAGAGCUAUUUAGGAUUUUCCCAAAAUUUCCUGCCAGUGUUCGGCAAAGAAAUUCUGGGAGAUUUAGUAUAACAAAAAAAGAGCCAAUGGUAAGCAACCCUGUAUGCUUGUAUUAGACUGACCCCGUGUGCUUUAGUUGAGGUCAAUGGUGUGGGUACAACCUAAUAUUGAACUGUUAUGUAAACGACAGUGGAUAUUAAGGCCUGAGACCUCAAGUUGCUUAUUUAUAAUAUAUUGUGAUUUUUUUUUAUUUAUUUUUUUUGCUAGGAAAAUGCGUUUUACUAUUUCAGGUUCUACAGCUGCGCGAUUGCUGUCAAUAUUCAAAAAUGUGCUUGCCGUUCUGCUCUGCCUUGCAGAAUUUUGUAAAUUCUCGUUGCGUGCAAAUAUGUACCGAGUGACGCGCUUUUUAUGAAUUACUUAUGUUAGUAUUGGUAAGACGUCCAUUAAAAAAAAAUCAAAACAAAACACAAAAAGCUUCAAUACGUAUAAAUGAGUUCUAUUUAACUUUUCUUAAUUUAAGCAGUCUGAACAAAUCCGUGCUAUAGUUAACUUGUUUUUCAGCUGAGGUCUGUGUAGGAGAUUGAGAGCUCUUCUGAGUGUCUUUUUUUUACCUUGAGAAUUACAAAGGGGACUUGUACUUUGUAUUCUCAUUAGAGGACCUAGACAUUUCUUUCCAUCGUUUGUUAGUAAAAGGCUAAGGCGACCGUAAUUCUAUCUAAGCUACGAGUUCUUGUUCAUUGUUUACCAUAUUUUUACCUCUCUGUCUUGUGCAGAAUGUCUGGGUUUUAUUGCAUAAGACCUGGUUCAUUUGAUAAGACACUGAUGGAGACACAUUUAAAAGCUUUUGGUUUUAGGUUCUGUUUGGCCAACUAUUCCUUACUGUACGGUUUGUGACAUUGGUUAAUUUAUAAGACUAGCUUUUCUGAAAUUAAAUAGUUUUACAUUUCGAGACUAAUAUUUUCCAUUUGUGCCUAUCUGAGUAAUAGUCGUAUGUGAUAAUCCCUUUCAAAGCUGAGUCUGACAGUCAUAUAGAAAGGUUUUAUUUUUUUUAUAUAUAUGAACAAUAGUUUUAUGCCAAAUAUCACUAACAGUUUCAUCCUCCAACUAAUGUAGCACCAAUGCUUACUCUUAAGUUACUUGCAGUACAUUGAUCUGAUAGUCCUUUCUGUCAGUAAAAAGAUUGACUGAGCCACAAGUAGAACGAGCAUCUCAGGUGCCCAAGCUAGCCCUUUGGGACACACUUUAUUGGCUUUAUAUACCUGUUUGAAUCCAUAUGACUUUGUUUAUGGACUUAUUUCUAAAUGACUUCCCUAAAUUCAUGCAGAGAAGGGACAUUCUUACAUGUUAAAGGGAUUUUAAUCAAAACUGUCUUCAGUGUGUGGUUGAAGAGUAUAAGAAAGAGAUACAGAUUGUGUUGGUUUAGGAAAAACUGUCCAUGAUUCCCUGGCUAUCUGUUUCAUUGAAAGAAUCACGGGAGUUAAAAACUUUAAGAUGACUGAAGACACUGGACUAUUUAACUGUUGCUCCAUCUCAAAGUAUACAUGUCACCUGCCAUGUUUUUGUUGCAUAUUUUUCUCAUUUCUGUCUGUAUAUCAUAUUAUUUUCCAGUGUAUCCAGACUUCAAGUUGCUGUUACGCUAGUGUAGGCUUUAGUAUAUAUAAUUUUUUUUUAAAUUUAAUUUUUUAAAUUUUUAUUAUUUUUCUUUUUUUUCAUACAUCGCAGGAUUCCCUUCCUGACCGCACUAUCCUGUGAUAAUUGGCUUUCUCUAUUGUGGAACUUGAUUGAUGCUUCCCAACAGUCAAGCUAAACAUAUUAGGUUGUGUGGAGGUACUUAAACCCUUGGAAUGUAUAAGUUUUAUAACUUACUGGAAGAAGGGCUAUACGUAUAAAUAGAUUGUAAAUUUGCAUAACUGUAACAAGAGUAGGGCUACAAAACGUGGCAUAAAAACCAUAUUAUAGACAAAGUAAAGAGAAGAAUUUUGUUAUACACAAAACAAUAACAUGACCAAUAUACACUUUAAUUGGCUCUGUAGGGGAGAAAGGAAGCAUUGCACCGGAUUGUACAGAGGUUUGUUCACUUAGCGCCUAAUAUUAUUUUAGCAAAUUCUGCCAAUUUAAUUUGAUGGAAUUUCACUUUGCUUGAUAAAAAUCCUCUUGAGGUUCGCUGUAUUCUCUGUUGACUGAAUUAAAACUGCUUUUAGCCAAAGGGUUCCCAGCUAUUUUCAAUCGGGUCUCAUGGCAACAGUGAGCUUCAUUUGAAAAUAACUCCAGCAGAACGGUAGUAAAAUGCUUUCGGGUGCGAAAUAGUCCAUCUUUGAGGAAAAACCACUGCUAUGGUAAAAUCAGAGUUAGGGUAGUGUUUGGGCAUUUUCCUAGGUCUUUGUCAGGGAUAAAAUGAAUUAAGAGAAUACUUUUUGCAGUGUGUGAAAUGGCCUAAUUAGCAAAUGCAUUUAGAAAUUUGGCUGAUAACUGGACAGCAGCCAAAUAGUGCGAAAUUGCAAAAUGUGUGAAUAACCAAAUGGGUUUCAGGUGGUGUAUAGGUCUCACAAUAUGCGUGUUUUUUUCCCCUCGUCACCCCACCUCAUUUUCUUAAUGGAACAAAAUUACCUGUUAGUGUUUAUUGAUAACUUCUGUUUCACAUUAAUGUGUUUCAGUAAUCCUGUGGUGCUCUCUAAAGAAAACAAAAAUAUAUAUUAAACAAGGAAAAAAAACCUGUGUAACACUACAAAAACAGCCAAAGUAUUAUGCGUAAACUGACAUUUCUAGACAGUAGGCAGUCCCAUGAGUUUAUAGAAAUGCCUCAUCCAUGUGAGCUUUGCAUGCCAUACAUGAAGGACUGGAUACGACCUGGGAAGGCUCUGAAUGGGGCAAUCUAUGUAGUACUUACUAUGUUUCGAAUACUGUAAAUUGUUUAGAAUAAUUUAUUUUGCUUUACAAAGUAUGUCACAUAUUGACUUUCAUAUUGUAUUUUGGUAAUAAACACUUUUUAAGAAAAAAAACUUGUGUGCACGUUAUUUUUAAACCGUAUUCUCAAUGCAGUCAGUCUGGUAAUUUGGCACCAUUUUCAGAAAAUAAGUGGCAAUGAGAUUUAUUAGCCUGUAAAACUUAGAUCAUAAGUAUAUAAAGUACAUUGCUAUCAAAAAGUAUGCAUUUUAAUUUUUUCUCUCCCUCUUUCUCCCCCCCCUCUCUCUCGCUCUCCCUCUCCCCUCUGUCUCCCCCCCCCUCGCUCUCUCCCUCUCGCGCUCUCUCUCUCCUCUGUCUUCCUCCCCUCCCCACCGUCUCUCUCGCUCUCUCCAUAUUCUCCUCUAAACCAUUGGAUGAAAUAUGGAAAUUACAACACCAGCAUGUAAAUAUUAAGUAUGUUGUUGCCAAUUGCAGUUUGGCAUAAAUAACGGUAACUGGUCUAAUUACAAUUUAAGAGACCAGAGACCCAACUCUAUUCUAAGCAUUUUAGCUAAUAGUGUGCAGAUAUAACCUGGGUUGCUAUUACUGGCAUCACAAGCAUUGGAAGAUAAACUGAAGUUGACAGACAUACUUGUGCCAACUGGCAAUACACUGUUACUUGAGUUAGCAGUAUUAAUUUAAUGGCUAACCCUUAUCAAAUAAUGUUUGCCUGGGGCAUUACUUUGCAGAUGUAUCUUUAUUUUUAAAAGAUGAACUUUAUAUUGGUAUUAAAGGCCAAAAUCUUGCCAUUUGGAUUCACGAGCGUGAUGCCCGGAUACACAGGCAUCACUAUCUGAGUGAUGAGUCGAUUGGCAUCAUCUGUCCUGUUUUGCUAGUAAUGGUGCCUGGAGUCUGUAUGUGCAGCAUUUCGCAUGCAGAAUUGAACCCCUCAGUUGCGAAUGUGUUAUUCAACCUUUGGCUGUGCCAUUGGGGGGGGUCAUUAUUCUGCCCAAAACAAGAGUUCCAGGCUAGCUAAUGACAAUCCUGUGCAUAUUUGGCAUUAGAGGAAGAGACGUAGCAGUUCCCUGACUUCAGUAAUCCCAAUAAACAAGGCUGUCAUGAAAAUCCUUGGGGCUCCUUACAAGCCCACUGGCCGUGCCCCAUGACACAAAGACUAUCAGACAGAGAUAGAUGCACAUACACAGAUAUACAUUUCAGACAAUCUCACAGGAUACAGACACAACAUGGGGGUACACACAGUUACAGAUGUACACAUCCCAAUGCAUACUGCCAGGCGCACACACAAUACUAAACACACAAUUGCACUGAUACAUAUAAACACCCUACUACGCAUAUUUACAUUGCUGAACAUACAUUACUGUACUAUACACACAAUGCUAAACACACAUCCAUCUACACACACACAUUUCUAUAUACACAAUUCUACACAUAAAUAAUACUAUACACAGACAUACAAUUAAAUCGUUUUGAAGUAUAUUUUAUUUAGCCACCCACUUUUUAAGCUACAUUUGGAGCUGGAGGUUGGCUUCGUCAGCAGGUACAAACUCCUGGCUCCUCUAACAUCCUGCAUGGCUUCCAUGAGCUCUGGGAGGGAGUGAUCUGACAUAACUUCCUCCCAGCGCUGCCGCACAGGGGACAAGAGGGGGCAGACAGUGCGGUCUAUUAAUGGGUCUGGUCUCCAGAAGUACCGCAAUGCUGUCUAUGUGGGUUCCUUACAUGAGUAAUGGCCGUCAGCUCCUGAUGGCGGCUCAUCCAAAAUAAAAUAAAAACUUUCUAAAGUACAAUUGGCUUUAUUUGUGGGCAAGUUAAUGCUGUUGGACCAGUCUGCAAACAUUUCUAGUGGACUCUGCUCAUACAAAACGAUUUUCUAAGAGUCCUACCUACAGUCCCACACUGUUACAAGGCUAUGAAAUGUAGGACAUAUAUUUCUUUUCCGACUUGUGUUUUGUAUAGUGAACAGUGUCCUUUAUUACAAAAGUAGAAAACUCUGGGUCAACUCUGUCUUUGGAUUGAUUACGUAGUCUGUAACAUAUUUCGAGCUGCCUACCUGACUAUUUAAAAAUAAAUAAAUAAAAUUACAUAUCCCAAAUUCAUAUGCAAGUUUUAAAUAACGGGAAGUUUUUAUAAUCACUCCAAUGGCAAUUAAAGUGUAAGCUCAUCUGCCACAUUAAGGUAAAACCCGCUAGAAGGUAAAAUCUCUGAGAGCGGGAAGAAUAAUUUUCUGAAUUCCCUAUAUAAUUAUUAACCCUUAAUAGGGAACGCAUGGGUUGCGCGGCAGCACUGUAACAUGGCUGUAUAAUACAAAAGCAAAUUCAUCAUGCUCCCUGUUCGUAAAACCGGCUAAAAAGAGGAAUGCUUUGAGCAUCACCAUCGCCCCUACCCAGCAUCUCUCCCAGAAUUCUGUUCUGAAGAUUUUGAGAAAGCGGAUGUGGAGGAGGCAGAAAGAAACCAUGCUGGAGAGGAAACUUUGCAGUUACUCCAUUCGUGGACGGAUUAAGCCCUAAAGGUAAGUCUGCACCAUAACAACUUAAUUAAUUUGAAGUUGUUAUGGUGCCCAAACUGUUCAUUUAACUCUUUUGUCCAGAAACGUGAAAUUCACUGUGAAUUGCUAACCAUUCACACCUUUAGUGUAAAACUCUGUGAGAAAAAAAAAAAAAAAAAGCUUACCUGCCAACAUUUCAAUUGGACAGAGGGACACUUUAAAGGGAAACUUUAUGCUAGGAUUACAAAAAUGUAAUUCCUAGCACUAUAGAACCCCUGAAUCCCCUCGUCAACUUUGGGAUCCUAAUGCGCAUGCAUGGCGAGCACCACAAUUGCAUUAGGACACCCCCACAGGAAACAUUGAAUCAAUGCUUUUUCUACGAGGUUUAACCGGACACUGGAUGUCCUCGUGCAUAGUGUGAGCUAGUCCAAAAGCGCCAUGAGUGGCUGCCACCUGGUAGGUUUGGAGUGAACCAUGUAAGGAAAUUAUUGCGGUCUAUCAAUAUCUGCAAUAAUCACAAACGCAGGGUUAAAUUGACAGGAACACUGCACCCAGACCACUUCAAUGAGCUGAAGUGGUCUGGGUGCCUGUAGUGUCCCUUUAAUUUUAGUGGUGGUAGUGGAGUGUGAGUGGAGCUGUUCUAAUAAAUUUAAGGUGACUUAUAACAAUUUAUUGCAAAUAAACUAAUUUAGAACCAGAACAAUAUGUCCUAUUUACCCAGACUGAUUUCUAAACACAUUUAGUGUAGUUUAAAGACACAUUACUGGGACUCAUAUUGCUGUGGAGCUCUGUUAUACACCCAGAUACACCAACAAUAUGGAGCUCCUGGACAGUGGGAUUUGGUAAAAACAUUGGGACUGUUUUUAUAUAAACAGGGACCCUUGGUAGCUAUGAUUGAUCUAUAGCCCCUGCAGUGAUUGUAUUAGUGAGCUCCCUGCUCCAUGAUAAAGGCUGGGAGCUAAUUCUAUUAAUUUGCACAGUAUUGAGAGUAAGAGCCCUGCCGGUCCAGGCAGUGUAUGGCAGGAGGGAGUCCCCCCCGCAGUAAGCACACACCGAGCUGUCUGUCUGACUCCGGCCCCGGCUCGGCUCUCACCGCCCGCACACCGGCACCCCCUGCUCCCCAUCACCGGACAGCCUGGCCCCUCUGACGGCGCUGGGCCUGGGAUAGUCCGCGGUCUGGGCCUAGGUUGGAGCUCGCGCUGUCCCCGGGCUGGAAGCAGGAGAGCCCGCUGGUGAGUAGGCCGCACUGACCUCCAGCCACAUCCAGCGCCGGGGGAUCAGCGUAUACUGCGGGCAGGGAGCCAGUUAGCCAGCCAGCCAUACCCCGGGGGGAUUGGGAGGGUUUUACACCCCAGCUAAGACAAUGGAGGCACGCUUACUGAGCGGAGAUAUACAUAAUAUAAUAUAUAUAGAUAUACACUGACUGAGUGAGAGUGCAAUCACUGGAGAUAUACAUACACACUGAAAGUGCAAUGAAUUGGGAUAUAUAUAUAUAUACACACACACUGAGAGUGCAAUGAAGGGAUAUAUACACACACACUGAGAGUGCAAUGAAGGGAUAUAUAUAUAUAUACACACACACUGAGAGUGCAAUGAAGGGAUAUAUACACACACACUGAGAGUGCAAUGAAGGGAUAUAUAUAUAUAUACACACACACUGAGAGUGCAAUGAAGGGAUAUAUAUAUAUAUACACAUACACUGAGAGUGCAAUGAAUGGGGAUAUAUAUACACAGAGUGCAAUGAAUGGAGAUAUAUACACAGAGUGCAAUGAAUGGAGAUAUAUACACAGAGUGCAAUGAAUGGAGAUAUAUAUACACAGAGUGCAAUGAAUGGAGAUAUAUAUACACAGAGUGCAAUGAAUGGAGAUAUAUACACAGAGUGCAAUGAAUGGAGAUAUAUACACAGAGUGCAAUGAAUGGAGAUAUAUACACAGAGUGCAAUGAAUGGAGAUAUAUACACAGAGUGCAAUGAAUGGAGAUAUAUACACAGAGUGCAAUGAAUGGAGAUAUAUACACAGAGUGCAAUGAAUGGAGAUAUAUACACACAGAGUGCAAUGAAUGGAGAUAUAUACACAGAGUGCAAUGAAUGGAGAUAUAUAUACACAGAGUGCAAUGAAUGGAGAUAUAUACACAGAGUGCAAUGAAUGGAGAUAUAUACACAGAGUGCAAUGAAUGGAGAUAUAUACACAGAGUGCAAUGAAUGGAGAUAUAUACACAGAGUGCAAUGAAUGGAGAUAUAUACACAGAGUGCAAUGAAUGGAGAUAUAUACACACAGAGUGCAAUGAAUGGAGAUAUAUACACACAGAGUGCAAUGAAUGGAGAUAUAUACACAGAGUGCAAUGAAUGGAGAUAUAUACACAGAGUGCAAUGAAUGGAGAUAUAUGCACUCUGUGUAUAUAUCUCCAUUCAUUGCACUCUGUGUAUAUAUCUCCAUUCAUUGCACUCUGUGUGUAUAUAUCUCCAUUCAUUGCACUCUGUGUAUAUAUCUCCAAUGAAUGGAGAUAUAUACACACAGAGUGCAAUGAAUGGAUAUAUAUACACACAGAGUGCAAUGAAUGGAUAUAUAUAUAUAUAUAUAUAUAUAUAUAUAUAUAUUUACUUUCUUAACCCAUAAAACACCUUCACCUGCUCUUGAUAUUCCAAUUAUCUCCAAUUUUUAUUUUUCAAUGAUCUGUUUUCUCCUCCUCUUUAUUUCCUCAGUCUCCCUCAGUAUAAAAAUCAAUCCUUACACCCACUUCACUCAUCCCCCCCCAUCCACAUUUACAUAUGCCCUUCUCUCAUCUCAUGCCUUACACUCAUUUUUCUACUCUCUCACUCCAACCCACAAUCGAUCUCAUCCUAGACCCCAUGCAUACAAAACCCAUUCACACCUCCUGUCACUUUCUCUCUUCCUACUUCUAGCAGCUGGUGAUGUCUCUCCCAAUCCAGGGCCCUUCACCUUCUCUACACACACUAAGACAACCAGAAACCCCACAAACCUCAUCACAAUACCCUGCCCUUUACCCUCACCAAAAUUAAUUGUGCACUCUGGAAUGCCCGCUCCAUCUGCAGUAAUUUUAAAAUCAACAACCAUACACGACCUUUUUCAUCUCAAACUCACUCACACUGCUUGCACUUACAGAGACCUGGCUGUCCCCCUCUGAUAGCGCUACUCCUGCCUCUUUAUGUUUUGGUGGGCUACAAUUCUCUCACACUCCGAGACUCCACUGUAAAGGAGGCGGCGUAGGCAUCCUUCUCUCCCCUCAAUGUACCUUUCAACCAAUCAUAACUCCCCAUUCCCUAUCCUUUUCUUCUUUUGAAGUUCACACUGUCCGCCUAUUUAAACCCACUCCUUUAAGAAUUGCUAUAAUCUACCGCCCCCCGGUUAUCCUAGACUAUUCAUUGAGCACUUUUCUUUCUGGCUUCCCCACUUCCUGUCAUCUAGCACUCCUUCCCUUACACUUGGGGAUUUCAAUAACCCAAUCAAUAACCUCAAUUGCACUGAUGCCUCUCGUCUGCUCUCUGUAACCUCCUCCUUUGCCCUUACGCAAUGAUCCAAUUUAGCAACCCAUACAGCAGGAAACACUCUUGAUCUUGCCUUCACCAUCCUCUGUACUGCCUCUAAUCUUUCCAAUAUUCUUUCUCCUCUAUCUGACCACCAUCUGCUGACUUUUGACAUUGGCAUACCUAAGACCCAAUUGACACCACCGUCUGAACAUCACUCUCACAGAAACCUCCAUCAUGGCACCUUGUACAUUAAGACCCCGCAGGCCCCCCCCCAACAACAACCCUGGCCCACCAAGCUCACUCGAUAUCUCCAAAAAUGCUCCAGAACUGCUGAAUGCUGUUGGAGAAAGUCUCACUGUGCAUCUGACUUUCUCCACUAUAAAUUUAUGCUGAGCUCAUACAGCUUGGCUCUUUCCUCUGCAAAAGUUAAUUAAUUCAAUACCCUCAUAACCACACUAUCCCGCGAACCCAAACGACUAUUUCACACACUUAACUCUCUUCUGCGCCCUGCUGUUCCUCCUCCACCUACUAACUUGACCGCCUCAGACUUUGCAACUAACUUCACUGACAAGAUCUCUAUAAUCAGAGAAGAGAUCUCUCAUCUUUCUUCUUCCCCUUACAAUACUUCCCCUAACUUCACUGCCUCUGCUGCUCUAUGUUCAUUCGCACCCGCUACAUUGGAAGAGGUUUCUGCUCUGCUCCAGUCCUCCCGCCCCACCACCUGCUCCCUAGAUCCAAUUCCCUCACAUCUCAUCCGUACUCUGUCUUCUUCUCUUUCUCCACCUCUCACUAAAAUUCUCAAUCUCUCUCUCUCCUCUGGUAUAUUUCCAUUGCCCUUCAAACAUGCAAUUGUAACCCCAAUUCUAAAGAAGCCUAAUCUUGACCCUAACUCCCCAUCCAACUAUCGUCCUAUCUCGCUUCUGCCUUUUGCAUCCAAGAUCCUUGAAAAAAUUGUGUAUGCGAGAUUGACAGACUUCGAGUCCAACUCUCUGCUGGACCCGCUUCAGUCUGGUUUCCGUGCUAAGCACUCUGUGGAAACGGCACUGACCAAAGUAUCCAAUGAUCUACUCGCUGCAAAAUCUCGUGGUCAGUACUCCUAAUUCUCCUUGACCUGUCUGCGGCUUUUGACACUGUUGAUCAUCAACAGCUUCUUCUCAUCCUCCGCAACAUUGGUCUACAAGAUAUUGCUCUCUCCUGGUGCUCCUGCUACCUCUCCCAGCGCUCUUUCAGUGUUUCUUUCUCUAGCUCUGCUUCUUCUCCCCAACUCCUCUCUGUUGGCAUCCCCCAAGGUUCAGUCCUUGGUCCCCUACUGUUCUCCAUCUAUACUGCCUCCUUUGGUAAACUCAUUAGCUCCUCUGGCUUCCAAUAUCAUUUCUAUGCAGAUGACACACAAAUCUACCUAUCCUCUCCUGAUCUCUCCCCGUCCCUGUUGACUAGUGUCUCUGACUGCUUCUCUGCUGUUUCUAACUGGAUGGCUGCCCACUUCCUUAAACUGAAAUUCUGGUCUUUCCUCCCUCAAGUGUUGUUACUCCUGUGUCUGUCUCCCUUCAAGUCAACGGUGCUACCAUCAGCUCCACCACGCAGGCUCGCUGCCUAGGUGUUCUCUUUGACUCCAACCUCUCCUUCAAGCCUCAUGUUCAAUCUAUCGCCAAAUCCGGUCAUUUACAUCUCAAAAACAUUUGCCGCAUCCGCCCCUACUUACCGCCAGAUGCGACUAAGGUGUUGGUCCAUUCCACUGUCAUUUCUCGCCUUGAUUACUGUAAUCCACUUCUCAGUGGUCUUACAUGCUCCCAACUUGCGCCGUUACUGUCCAUAAUGAAUGCGGCGGCGAGGCCCAUCUUCCUGUCUGCCCGCACCUCCCAUGCUUCACCCCUCUGUCAGACCCUACAUUGGCUUCCUAUAAAAUAUAGAGCUCAAAUUAAAAUUCUGGUUCUUGCUUUCAAAUCUCUACAUAAUGCUGCUCCCACCUAUCUAUCCUCCCUUAUACGCAAGUAUGUCCCGUCUAGGCCCUUACGAUUACGUCUAUUUUCUGUCCGUACUCCCACCUCUGAUGCUCGCCUUCAAGAUUUCUCGAGGGCUGCACCGUUCCUGUGGAACUCGCUUCCCUCCUCCGUUAGAUGCUCACCCAGUCUCCACUCCUUAAAAAAAUCGUUAAAAACCCACUUCUUCAUAAAAGCGUAUCAAUUAAACUGUUAAUAGCUCCUGACUGAUUCCUCUUCUGCAACUGUCACUAGUCUAAUACUAUCCUUACCUUUUUUGUGUCAUUUUACCCCACUCCCUCUAGCAUGUAAGCUCAUUGAGCAGGGCCCUCAACCCCUCUGUUCCUGUGUGUCCAACUUGUCUGGUUACAACUACAUGUCUGUUCGUCCACCCAUUGUAAAGUGCUGCAGAAUUUGACGGCGCUCUAUAAAUAUCAUAAUAAUAAUAAUAGUGUGUGUGUAUGUAUGUAUGUAUGUGUGUGUAUAUAUAUAAUUUUCUCCAUUCAUUGCACUCUCUGUGUGUGUGUGUGUGUGUGUGUGUGUACGUACUACUAAGAGUGCAAUGAAUGGAGAUGUACAACCGAUCAGUGUUUAUAAAUCAUUUAAUCCAUAUAAGCAUAUCCUAGAAUUCACAUAUAUAUUUUUACUAUUAAUAUUUAUAUAUAUAUAUAAAAAAUAGUCUAUCGACGUGUGUAUAUAUUCUACUAAUUUAGUGUACAACAAAUAGGUAACAUACAAUUUUAUGAGUGCAUCAUGUUUGGUGUGUCUUUUUCUUCCUCUUCAUUCUGCAUAAUUAUUGAACUCUUGGUUUUAGUUCCAAUGUUUCCCUAGCAAAUCGUAUCAUUUAGGCAAAAAAAAACAGGUUAAUUGGAGUAUUUUAGCAGUACAGCUGUUGAGCAUUUUUCAACUCAUAUGUAUUUUUUUUGUUUUUUUUGUUUUGUGUCUCUUCCCCUUUUUGUUUAACACAAUUCUGUGUUUUUUUGUUGUUGUUUUUUUUGUUUUUUUUUUUAUAUUCUACAAUUGCAGGACAUAAAACUGCACAGAUAAAUUCUGUGUAUCUAUCUAUAUUUUAUGUUCGAGCCUCCUCCCAUUCUAUGUCUGCGUGUACAAUUUGUGUGUAUGCGCAUGCGUUACUACCAUGGUUACUAUUAAAUAAUGCAAAUAUGUGUUUGAUUUAUUACUCAUAGCUGUAUGUGACUCUUCUCUUUCCAGUAUGUGUUGUAUAUCUGGGUACAAUAUUCAAUGUAUAUUUUAGACCUCUAAAUCAUCAGGUUUGGGAAUCACUAUUACUUCUGUGGAGGUUUGAAUUAGUAUUUUUUUUUUUUUUUUUUUUUUCCAUACAGACUAGCUUAAGAAAUAAUAUGCAAGAAACAUUAUUACAAUGACAACCGUUAGACAGCGAAAGCGGGUAAACUCCUCCGAUCCAAGUCACCAGGGACUUCAGGCUGAGAAACACACCAGGCAACAUGUGAAGGGACAUUCCGGUAAGGAGUUGGUGCGAUGCUGACACAAUCUCAGACAUUAUGUCUAUACAGAGAGCAUUGCCACAAGUUCAAUUAUCUAAUAUUCAAAGGCCCACCUAUAUAAGACAGACCAUGGCACCACACAUACUCCUUAAAGGACCACUAUAGGCACCCAGAACACUUAAGCUCAAUGAAGUGAUCUGGGUGCCAGGUCCCUGUAGUUUUAACCCUGCAGCUGAAAACAUAGCCGUUUCAGAGAAACGGCUAUGUUUCCAUUGCAGGGUUAAUCCAGCCUCUAGUGGCUGUCUCCCUGACAGCCACUAGAGGCCACUUCCACGAAUCUCACUGUAAAAAUCACAUUGAACUCACGCAGCGUGAGUUCAGAUCCCCAUAGGAAAGCAUUGAGUAAUUCUUUCCAGUGGGCGGUUUAAAAAGCGUGCGGCUCUGCCGCGCAUGGGCAUUCAGCUUUACUCGGGAACUGAUGUCGGCAGGGGGAGGAGAGGUCACUAGCACUGGAUUAAGGUAAGUGGCGGAAUGGGAUUCAGCUCAGCGGGAGGGGGGCCACGAGGAAGAGCGGGACCUAAUAAACACUAUAGUGCUCCUUUAACUACAAUUUCUAUGAUCCUCAUACAAAUUCUAAACUGGCAAAACGUCAUGGGAAGUUGUGUUAAGCGAUAUCUGGCUUUCCAAGACCAUCUACCACUAGAAUAGAUAUUACACAAGGAGUAUACUGUCAAGAAUUUCCACAUCUGGAGUGGAAGUACAUCUCCCUCAGUACUUUGGCAGGCUAUUUGUUGGCAAACCCUGCGUUACUGUAUCACUGGCGACAUUUUAAAAGGGGAAGUCACAGCAAACCUCUACAAAGCAUUCAUUUAAUCCCAUUGUACAGCGCUACAGAAUUUGCUGGUGCUAUAUAAAUAAUAAUAAUUCGGAUUCCACUAAAAUCCAUGUAUUACACUAUAUAUCACUGUUAUACGAAUCCAUCAACAGACCUGGUGUCAGGCUGUUCUUCCUAGUGGAUGGGUAUCUCAGUGUAAUCUCUGAGUAGCUGACCUGUAUUAAGCAGGGAUAUCUUGAAAUCUGCUGGUAUUCGUGAGCCCUGAGGACAGACCUGGUAAACAUUGAUAUACUAGUCAUUAGUAUUUUUCACGUGUGAACUUGCAGUUGUUGCCAUGUGGCUUAUAGUAAUAUCUUUUUUUUUUUUUUUUUACUUUUUGCUUGUAAGCACUCUUUCUAUACUAGCCGCUCAUGAAUACAAAACAAUACAUACAAUAAAAUAAAAGUUAAGAAAGGGCAGUUUGCUGCACGUUUUUCUUGUAGUAGUUGUUUUUCUAUAGUUUAUGCUCUUGUUCCGUGCCUGACUGCACACCAAGAAGCACUUUAAGGAACAGGGACUGACUAUGGAGUUUGGCAAAUGGUUGGAUAGUGGUUUUGGUAUAGUUAAACAGUGAGUCAUAGCCGUAACCACACUUUAUUAACAGAGCUGAAUCAUGAGAAACAGCACAUUUAAAUGUAGGCAGAUCUCUGAGAAAAUCACACAAAGGCAGUAUUACAGUUAAUGCACACUGUUUAUUUAUAGUUUUACUGCUCAAAUAUUUUUUUUUCCCUCUCCCAGUGUUGUGAAUCUUGCUCCUAGUUCCCUCAUAGAACAAUACCUUCAACCACACAUAGUUAAAAUCCAUUAUUCUUGACAGUAGAUUUAAAUCAAACAAACAAAACACAAUUGCAUAGUUUACCCUAAGGAUGAGUCCACCCUUCAAGCAAUUGUUUUAUUUUCAAAAAAAUCAAUCAAAUUUUCUGAACCAGGUUUUCUGUUUUUGUUUCUGUUUUGUCAUGUUUGUGAUUUAAGACUUAGUACUGUAUUUUAUUUUUCCAUUUUUAUUUACAGGUACGACAGCAUGGUGGAUUUUAACUCAAGUAAUUUUAGGGACCCCUGGAUUGGGCCUUGGGCUGGUAACCACUUUCUAUGUGGCUACCCUCCAUGAAAAUGAUCUGUGGUUCUCAAGUAUAAAGGUAAAAGGCAUAGCAUGUUAGUUUAUGGGGUAUAAAACCUUUUACAGGGUUUGAAUGGUAGAUUUUUGCAAUUGAGUUUUCUGUCAGAUUAGAACCAUUGCUCUCUCAUGUCCAUUUUAUUAAAUUGCAGAAGGAUUCUCGAUUAUUGUGUCUCACAUUGGUUCCCUGAGUUUUGGACUGGUGCGGAUCUUUGACUGAUUUGAAUUGCAAUGUUCUAGAUCACGGGUGUGCAACCUUCGGCACUUCAAAUGUUGUGGACUACAUCUGCCCUGAUGCUUUGCCAGCAUUAUGGGAGAUGUAGUCCGCCUCAUCUAGAGUGCUGAAGGUUGCCUACCCCUCUUCUAGAUCAGGCAUAGGCAACCUUCAGCACUCCAGAUGUUUUGGACUACAUCUCCCAGGAUGCUUUUGCCAGCAUUAUGGUGGAUGUAGUCCACAACAUCUGGAGUGCCGAAGGUUGCCUACCCCUGUUCUGGAUCAUGGGUUAAGUUUUAACAGAGGUUGUAAAUAUAUUGGAAGCAGACAUAGAGUGCUGUUGCAUAUCUUGUGGCUCUAAAAGUAAGUUAUAUUUAUAGCAACAAUACGCAACUGUGGACAUAUGUGAUAACUAUACACUUUGGUAUAGUGAUGGGAUGUGCAUGCAUAUUUAAAGAUAGAUUGUAGAAUGGCCUGUGCACCUUACUGUAGCUGGCAUAGGUAUGAUCUGAUAGUUCUUUCUCAGGUUUUUCAGCAGUAGACUCAAGAUCUUGUUGCCUGGCAAAAUCUGAAUAGUCACAUAGCCACUUGUGUUACAUUGUUUUGUUUCAACCCCAUUGUACAAUUCCAUCCUCUGCCCUUUCAGGAAGUGGAGCGGGAGAUCUCCUUCAGAACAGAGUGCGGCCUGUACUAUUCAUACUAUAAGCAGAUGCUCCAUGCCCCGUCAAUCAAACAAGGUAUAAUAUCUGCAAGACGUCGAGCUAUAUUUACUGUGCAGGAAAAUACUAAACCAUUUCCCACUGUUUCACCCUGUGGAGCUGAAAUAUUUUGUUAAUAAUCUCUACGCUGGAUUUUUUUUUUUUUAAAUCUUUCUUUUUAUUGUACGGCAUUAAACAGAUGUACAUAGCAGGGAUACAUUGCAGUGGUGCCAUCUAUCAUGGAAUACAAUUACUUUCCAAUGCUUGACGCAGGACGAGAUAAUUUUUAUUCAGAGGACAAGAACUGUGAUUAUUUCCGAAUGAUAUUGAAUGAAUGGGAACGCUGUGUUCUGUUACAUAGACGAGUUUGCUUACGUUGCAUAUUAUGACAACAGACAUGUUAUUACGUAUCCAUAUAUAUAAAAAAAUAAUUUCUAUUAAAAGAACUGUAUUUUAAGAAGUAGUGAGGCAGGGAGCCAAUCACGCAAACCCUGCCGGGUACAAUUUGAAGAACAUAACAUAUGUUGAGCAUGCAGAAUUGCCUUCUGAAUUCUAAAUUGGGUGGGAUACUCUGUCUUUGGCCAACUGCAUUAAACAAUGGGGGGAGGAAAGGACUUCAAAGUCACAGUGUAAAGUCCAGACCUUGUCUACUGUCCUGCUGUUCUCUCAGUUUAUCCAUUCCAUCAAUGAAGUUGUAGAAAUAAAUAAAAAAAUGCAUGAUGAUGGAAACCAGUCGUAAAUUCCUGAAAAGGUGUUCUUAACAAUUAAUCAAAAGGACCCUGCCACAAUCGGCCAGAUAGUCCAGAAUAAUUUCAAGGCCAGAAAAUGAGUGGGCUCCUGAAUGAAAUCCAUUUGAGCAAAUAACAGAUCGCUGAUGAAUUGACACCCAUCAUAAACAUUCCUAUGUAAAAAAUACCCCCUGUCAUUGUAUACAGUGGCAGGACGUUCUUCUAGAUCUAUUGAAAUUCUUAUUAAACGAGGCAUGGUAGUUGCAACAUGUACAUAAAUGGUGUUAUUUAUUAAACUGGACAUUAUGAAUAAUAAACAAAGGAAAUACAAGAUUUUACCUAUAUAGACAAGUUGAAAUAGCUAAAUUGGACAUUUUUAUUCCAGUUUGUCUCCGUAAUCCUAAAAUGUAGAAUUUCCUUGUCGGUUCUCCAAAAUAGACAUUUUAGUAAAAAAACUAAAAAAGGCGCCACUUUCUCUAUUUGAUCCCUCUGUCCGCAUGAGUGGCUGCCUAAUGUACUGGAGUUUAAUGUCUAACCGGGAUCACUAGACUGAGUUAAGGACGCGGGCCUCUGUGCUACGAAGGCUACAGAUAUGCACAUAGUUAGAUUUGAUUCAUUAACUCCCUGUCUUGUGCUUUGAUUAUUCCGCUGUCAGAUAUUAAGUGCUGUCUUGAAGGGUAGCCCUUUGGUUACAGGGUACAGGGAUUGUAAGUGCGAUGCUGCAUUACAAUGAAAUGCUACAAAACACGGCUCAUAAAUCAGGAACCCUUUGUCUAACUCUAAGCAUUGCAUCUGUGUUUUAUCAUUAACCCUAGGUAUCACUGACUUAAUGUAUGACAAUCGGACAGAAUCCAUGAGAACCAUUAAUAUUCUGGCUCGAAUGAACGUGUACCAAGAAGUUCUCCUAGCUGUACUGUACAGGAGUUUGCCAUUUUGGGUAUGUAGCGUUAGCCUCCUUUUUAUGGUUUUGUUCAUAUUAUUAUUAUUAUUAUUAUUAUUAUUAUUAUUAUUAUUAUUAUUAUUAAUUUAUUUAUAUAUAUAAUUUUUAUUUAUUUAUUUUUAUUUAUUUAUUUUUUUACCUGGGCUCCUCUGGUUCUGGGCAGCCAAUUAUUUCAAAUUAAUGCCAUUAGAAAAUGGGAAUGUUUUGAGCAGUUAAAAUCCCAAACCAUAAAUAGUCUACUGGCUGUGUGAUAAGUUAUUGUCUUCAUAAUCCUCUGUGUUCUACUCCAUUUCUUCUCUUCUCUUGUUCUUGCCCCCCCCCCCCUUUUUUUUCCUUUGGUAUUAAUGUUAUAUUAUAAAACAAAGAAGGAAAGGAUAUCAUUCUCGAGUGAUGAAUCCACAGUGAUUCUGUAUAGUGGUGUUCUGAUAUGUUUUUAAAUAAAUCACAGUUCUACAACUGAAUGAUAAUAGUGGGGCAGUCGUAUAACCAAUGUGAGUUCUAGCCAGUCUCCAAAGUGCUCUGAUUGACAUUAACACCAUGCACCUUCCUCUAGGCUUGUAAGUGUUUGAGUUAAAUACACUCCACUGCAUAUCCACUGCAUAUACAACUUAUACCAAAUGAUUUUGCAGGUACUGUUUCUGAUGUUAAUCAGUUAUUCUGGAAAGCAGAGUUUGGUAUACUGAAGGGAACAGGUGCUGUGAGAUCUAUACUAAACAGAUCAGGACCAAUAAUGAGAGGAUGGGUUCUAGAAGGGAACCGGCUUUGUGAAUAGGAUGUCUGGGAGUGGGGGGUGUUACUGCAGGCAGAGAGCAUGCUGGGUGGAUAUAUGGUGACGGCAUAGUGCGUCCUAGGAUUGAUUUAACAUUAGAAUUAUUUAGAUCAGAGAUGACUCUAUUAUUAAAUAAUGUAGAUAAUGCAUUAAAGUGUGAAAGAACACCUAAAAAUAUAACAUUUCAAAAUAAAUAUUCUGUCAUCUGCCGCAAAUCGUGGGGAUUUGUAACUGCUAUAGUGAUCUCAACCAAGAACUCGGUGUCCUAAAAGAUGUCAGCCAAUCCUAGCACUGCCAUUAUGUUCAUCUCCUAAUCUGUUCUUCUCCCCUCCACACCCCCCCCACACACCCCGAUCUUCUUUUGCUCUAAAUAAGUACAGCAUGCACCCUCACUGAGCCUGGCUUUUACCAUAAUUCUGGCACUUCUCAGACCGGAUAAUAACUGUCUAGUAUGAUGUUACAUUUACUAAGCCAUGACUGCAAAUACAGUUAAUUAGCAUUCAAUGUAACAUGACCCACCUUUGCUGCUGCUUUUUGGUUUUCUCAAUUUCUUUUAUAAACUCCCCUUUCAUGUGGUAUAUUCGUAUUUUGUCUUCAUUAUAGUAAUAUGGUAGCACAUGAUCUUAUAUUUGACAGAUUUACUUUUAUAUAUUUCAAAUUGUUAUAAAAGAUGUACAUCCUUGCUUUCCCUACCAUUUUCUAUUUUAUUUUCCCUGAAACCGUAGUGGCUCAUAAAUAGGUCAUAAUAAAUAAUGGAAUCCAUAGAAUAUCCUAUAAAUAGUCAGCUUGUCAGUCCUGGGCUGCAAUCCUGGGCCCAAGUUAAUUUAAUGGGCACACUGUUACCUAAUAAGAGCUCAGUUUCCUAAAUAUCAACCUUGAACAAUAUAUACUAAGUUGGCAAAUAGAAUCCACCUUACCUCCGUGAAUUAUUUACUGUCUAUAACAAGGCACUUUUUUAUUUUUUCAUGCACCUCCUUAGAAAGCACCAUUUUUUUUUUUUUUUUUUUUUUAUUAUUAUUUUUUUCCUUUUGGUUUUUCUGUAUUUUUGUCAUUUUCUGCCCAGCUGCCUAAAAUUUAUUUAUUUUUAUGGGCUGAAAAAAAUGUAUUUUGCAGACCUAUUUGGAACCGGUUUAUUUCUACAUAUACACGCUUUUUGGACUCCAGACCGUAUAUGUAAUGGCCCUGUACAUUAGCAGCUGGCUGCUCAGCGGUACCUGGGUUUCAGGAGUAUUAGCGGCUUUAUGGUACAUUGUGAACAGGUACGUUUUAAACCGCUGUUAAAUUCCGCAUAAUUAUCUUUGAUUCAUAAAUAAUGGCCCAGUUAUUUCUGUAAAGAUCUGGAUAGAUGCCAUGCGUAUGCAAGAAUGGGGACCGCGCUUACUGUAUAUUUCACAUCUCGAUCUAUAUCCACACAGCAUUAUAUUAAAAAAAAAUCUAUAUAAUUAAGGGCCCCUAAGUCUAAAAAUGUAAUCGAGAUUUGGGGAGAAGAAACCUGGAGUUAAUAAACGGAAACUAUGAUUCGCAGUAUAUAUUACGGUAAUCUAACUUUGACGUAACUGUUUAAUACAGCGCGGUAUAAAAUCUAGAUUUCGAGUUGGUGAAGAACUACAACUCCUAUGAUGCUUUGAUAGAUUUAAGCCUUAAGCAUCCUUGUUUUAAUAAAGUACCCAGUUUGUCUUUAUAUAUGUGCCCACAGACACUAUUGAAAGCUCUACUCUUUUGUUAGGCCACCUGUCUAUAUACCCCAGGUUCAUUUUGACUACAACUCCCAAGAGACUUUGUGUCUGUCUAUGUGAAUGGCAAACGUCAUUCCAACCCUCCCUGACAAUGGGCAGAUGUGAGGCCAUGGGAGUGAAGGGACAAGGCUCCGUACCCUUUAUACAUAUCUUUGACAAAUAUGACCUUGAUAUGAACCAGUACAAGACCAGGGCAAGAUAAUCCCCUUAUCCAGCAGUACUUCUGACUGUUUAUGGUAAAAAGUGAAUUAUAACAUUUUAAUUAUAAAAGUAUUGUCAGACGUGUAAUUGAGUAUAUUCCUCACUAGACCUUAUUUGUAUUGUACAGAAUUGACACUACAAGAGUUGAAUUCACCAUUCCACUGAGAGAAAACUGGGCGCUGCCAUUUUUUGCUCUCCAAAUAGCAGGAAUUACUUGUUUUCUUAGACCGAAUUUAUCAUCUUUUAGGCAGGUAAGACUGAACAGCUAAUGGGUUGAUUUAUGUGAAGCCUGGAAUAUAUGACUAUCUCAAUGUGUAACUACCCCUGUGCUUUAAACCGAGUGGUUGGUUUAUUCUGGUUGACCGCACACUCACAUGACUCUGCUCGGAGCGAUGCCAAGGUGGCAUGGCUGUUAGGGUUUGUAAAUCAAAGCUUUAGCCAAAAACCGAGCACACACCACUCACAGCUAAUAUUUGGCCUUCAGGAAUAGAUGAUUAAAGGUCGUCUACGUUAUCUGAUCAUCUGUAGAGAGGCCAGGACUUGGGUGCUGGAGAAUGACCCAUUUUCUUUUUUUCUUCAGAUCACUAAAACAGUUCCACAGAAAAUGGGGGUUGGCACCCAUUACCUCUUGCACCAUAAACAUUACAAUAAGCUUUAGUGGUUAUGGUGCACAGAGGUCACUAGCUGGAUUAUUAAUCAAACUCCGAGCUGUACAUAAUUAUUAAAAUAGUCACAGUGUGGCUAUUUUAGCCUACAUUUUAUCAUUUGUAUUUUGUUUCAAUACAAUGCAGUUCUGUAAUUUAACCCUGUAGAUUUGUUUGAAACUUUAUUUAAAUCCUCUUGCACUAAAUUCACAUUCUACUUUAUUUCAUCUUUGUUUCAGAGAGUAUCCCUGUUCGUGGUUUUUCUCUCGACGUUCAUAUUCAGUCUUACCUGGCAGUUUAAUCAGUUUAUUCUGCUUAUACAAGCUAUUGGGAUUUUUAUUCUGGACUGCUUGGACCUUGUGCCUUCCUCUAAAGUAAGUGUAGGCUUCGAAUGGCAUCCAUCAUAACUGUAACUGUUUUAGUAUAACUUAAAUUUUGCAACCUUUAUGUGAAGGAAGGGUAGGCAGAGGAAGAUCUUGAUCUUUAUCCGAUGCAAUAGACGUACUGUGUGAAAAUAAAAUUUUUAUAUAUAGAACUUUAUUUAAAAUAUUGUUUUGAUAUGGCUUUGAAAUUAUAUAGAAUGGAGGCUUGAUGAAUGUUGGCUGAUCUGGUGUCCUAAAGAUGGGGGCAACUAGGAAGAAAAGUUUUAACUCAAUACAGCAAUGACUGGAAUAGACACAUUAUGUUCAUAACCCUCAAACUAUAUUCUUCAUAUGUAAUGUUUCAAUGUAUGUAUAAUUUUUGUUUUUUUAUUAUUCAAAUAUGAUACAAGACUUUUUGGUACCUACAAGACCGAAGGUAAAAUUAGGAAUGUAACCAUUGCCCCCUCUAUCUAGAAGGGCUAUGUUUUGGCAGAGUAAAAUAGCCAAAACUCCAGUUUGUAUUAGGUUUAUUCACUUGGCUCAAAGUUGUCUAGUUUACAUUGACUGUAACUUAUGUAAAUUAUUCUGUCUUCUAGGUGACAAAACUAUACAUGACACAGGUCCUUUCACUCUUCCUGGUCUGUGUGCUGCAAUUUUUGAAUACCAUGAUUCUGGGAUCCUUGCUACUUAGCUUCAUUAUGGCUGCAGUUAUAGCAAGGAAAGUGCAGGUAAACAAUCUCAUGGAGUUUAUUUAACAGACCUAACUAUUCAUAGUAUUUCAGAAGGGAUAUUGCAUAGAUAAAAAUACCCUGCCUUGAUAUUAAGGUCAUGCCAUAUUCUGUAGAAUUAUUUUUGUGUUGCUUCGAUGAAGAAUGUUGAGAUUGCUCUGCCAAAUCCAGGGCAGGUAAGAGGUAUGCAGAAACAAACAAACAAUGUUCGGCAGGGAACGGAGCCUGCCUGGGACAUUCAUGGUAAUCUGCUUAAAUAGACAUAUCUCUUCAUGCCAUUGACUUUUCUAUGAAAUGGGAAAAAUCUAAUCUUUUAUUUAUUUAAAUGUUUUUGCUUUGUUGGAAGAACAUCCUUAAGUAGUGUAGUGUUAUUUUUAGUUUGAUUGGCACACAUUUAUUUUCUUUCUUUCAUUCCCCUGUAACUGGCAGUUAUAUGGACACAGAGUAACAUGUGACUUUCCCCCCCUGUAUUCAGAGAGGCCUUAAAACUGGAGAUCUUCUAAGAAGAAUUCUGAAUCUCUGCCUCCAUGGGAUCCUUGUUCUGUUUCUGACCGGCAUCAUAAAUAAGGCGAUUAAGGUAUGUGGACGUUAAAGUUAGAUAUUGGAAGGUCAGCAUACCUUUUACUAUGCUUCCUUCUGUUCUGCACUACAUACGGUGCAACCGUUUAAGAACUCACAUUAUGCUUAAAAAUACAUUUCAUUAAUUACAAAUGCCUUGCAUGUAAUCAAUCGCCAGGUCAGUCCCCUCACAGAGUGUGGAUUUAUGGAAUAUUCCCAGCAUUCCUAUUGAAAAUAGGAGCACCAGGAUUGGCUGUAAUGCUCACAGCAGAAGCUGCAAAUCCAAGGGCUUUGCAGCAAAUAGUAGACCAGCAAAAUUGAGUGUCCUUAUUGCAUAAUCUUCAAAAUGCAUCCAAAAGCAGUUGUCAAGACCCACUUUGAGUUGUGUGUCACUGGGAGAUACUGUUUCUUUUCAAAAAUUUUUACAAAAAAUGGCUUAACUUACUAAUUAAAGGUUAAAAAAAUAUUUUUUUAACUAGACCUGGCUUAUAAAUAUGUGGCAGAUGUAUUUAAACUAAAAAUUGCAGUAUUCCCUCACAUCUCUGCCAGCCCACUCCUAUGAUUUGGUUUUCACAGGCUUAGUGGAACAAUAUUUCAAUAAUAUCUGGAGUUCUGUUCUGUCUCUCCAAUAUGUAUGAUAAUGUCACAUGGAUGCCAUCACUCGUGGGUCCAACUUUAUGGAAUUUUUAAAGGGCAGGUGAUAAAUAUUAUUUUUUGUAACUGUGACUGUAAUUCUGUGCAUUUUCUUUCAUUCUUUGUGAUGUGUUGUUUUCCCAGAAAAUCCUCAAUUUACAAGCAGAUGAACACAUUUUUAAAUUCAUUCAAGCGAAGCUGGGAUUUGGAUCGAGGUAAAUUCCAGUAUUGUUUGUCUUGGAUGUAUAGUGUUUUUUUUUUUUUUUCACACAAUACAUAUGUUUGGGCCCCAGAAUCUUAGAAAAUGACAUUAUUUUGGAAAGUACAAUAUAGAUUUUAAACACAAUAGAAUUUUCUGUGGGUGUAAACCAAAUGAGUGAAUAUGACGGAAUAUGUGGGAUCUAAUUUUUAAUUAAAGAAAUGCAUGGAGACUGGUAGCUAUUGUAAAAAUAAAGAGGCAAGCAAUGGCAGAAUAUUUUAAUAUAUUGGACAGGGGACUUGUGGUAGAACAGGUGGAGUGCAGAUACGUUCCAGAUCAUUACUUCUAAGAUCUCACGUUGCAUGUCACAUCCAUUACUGGAGACCUUAACUUUGAUAGACGCUAAUCAACUAGAGAGAAGCCAAAUACACGUUACUAGACUGGUGUGCCUUAUAAUGAUACAUACCUUGAACAUGGCCAGAUAUGUGAAACACCCAUAGCUCCAAUGCAUUUUAACUUUCUUUAUGUGCCGUCUGAAUGUCUGGAGUACAAAGGCAAGUAGUCCAGUCAUACUAGCAGAAUUUCAAGUAAUCCAGAGAAAUGUCCUCCGUUUCUGUGACAUCAAAGAGCGAAAUACUUGUGAAAGGUGGCGUUAUUUUAAUUCCUCUUCACUAAUUCAUUCCACCCUGUAGUAGAAGCUUGUAUGUCCUGGCAGCAUGAGAAGGAGGAUCUAGAAGGAAAGGGGUCAUCUCAAUAUGGGUGGAGGGGCACUAAUUUUGGAGGUUUUGUCAUACACAAUCCAGCUCUGUUUAGAUUAUAAAAAAAAAAAAAAAAAACUAAAACAGCAGAUGUUGGUGAACUAUAUUUCCUGGUAGGAUCAGCUCGUCUUCCAUACCAAGGAAAUCCCAAAUUGAUCUAGACUGGUCCUAAAGAGUUCCAGGUCCCGUGUCCUAGGUAAUGGAUAGUGGUUAGUUGUAAUGAUAACAUUGUUCAACUGUCAGUAUUCCUACCAGCUCUCACAUGACUGACUUGGUUAACUUGUAAACUAAAGCAACAAUAAUUGUAUCCAUGGUGAUCAAGCAACCUUGUGUCACACAUUGAAUAAUGUUUCUUGUGGAUACUAAGUCCUGCAGCCCAUUAGGCAAAAUGGGCCAAAUCGUAAUAUUCUCUCCAAGCUGCAGAUUAACGUGGAAAAACUCUUCUCUCUCUGUCCUCAGGGAUUUCGAUGCCAGUCUGUAUCUGUGUGAAGAACCGUUCCGCCUGCUUCCUUUUGAUACGUUUCAAAGGCUCUCUGAUACUCUGAUGUUCUACCCUUAUAUUUUUGCUCUCUUCAUCCUUACGAUCACUGCCACAAUUACAGUGUUUCACAACCUCAGGUAACUGGAUCCACCAUUAGUCAUUCAGCUGUCUCGUUGUGAUUAAUGUAUCUGUUCACUUGAAUUACUAACUAGCUCACGGUUUAGAUUUAGUAAGGUCAAGUUCUUGGAAGUACGUGUCACAAACUAGUUUUUUACUGGGUCACAACCCUCAAGCAUGCUGUAUGAUGACUGUAGUGCACGUAGAGCAAAGCUGAUGAUGUGCAUAAGAUUUAGUCAUUGCGUGGUAGGCUUUACACCGAUAUUGCUGUAAGGGAUAAUGACUGUUGCUGAUGUUGGUAAUAUGUUACUGCAGUCACAAUCUCUAUCCAUGUGUUUGCUAGCAAUGAUUACUGGGAGUAACUCUUGGCCUGCCGUCGUGUUGCUGGUAUGUUUAUUGACCUAGUUAAAAAUAUCAGGCCUGUAUGCCCCAACAGUCCCAGGUGCUGCUACCUCUACUCAACAAAUCCAGUUCCCUUUACUCAACAAAUCCAGUUCCCUUUAAAGGUUUUGAAAUGUUAAGGAAAUCUGGUUUAAUAAGACAUAUUUUACUUUUUGAGUAUAAUACACACAAGUAAUAUUUGCAAUAAAACAAUGUUGUAGUGAAAUCCUUAAACCUGGCCGUCCUCCCUGCUGCUAUUUCGGGCAGUAUUGUUUGCGGUUUGUGGAUGUGUCUGUGGAAGAUCCCACACACAGUCUCCCAUGUCAAUAUGUAGAUGCCAUUGGUAUAUGCUGUUUUUGGCAAUAUCACCAGCUGUCAUAAAUAGUUCUGCUUAUUACUGCCACGGUAAGCGGCACCAGAAAGAGAUUUAUUUCCUGAAAAGUAAAUAGCACUGCAUGGAUAUAUCGUAAAGCAUAAAACAAUAUGGGGAUUAUCCACAAAGCACCACAUUUUAGUGAACUGAAAACCAAAUUGUAAAAUGUUAGAUUAAAUUCCCAAGCAGAAUAGCAACUGUGAAUGGAGAAAUGUCUCCAAAUCUGCUAUAUUUUCCAAUGAGUUACAAUUCGCUACCUUUCAGUGUUUAGUAAAUAAACCCUAAUGUCCCAUACUACUUUGUUUGGUUUUUUUUGACACCGUAUGACUAAAAUGAAAGAUCUUCUAAUUUUAUUUCUCUUUUAGCAGUUCAUCAAAUGGGAAACGCAAGGAAAAAAAGACAAAUUAUCUGAAGCCAGAUAUUUCAUACAAUUUGAUGCAUACGCUUCUGUUUGGAUGCUUGGGCCUUAGCACAAUGAGGUAUUAAAACAUUUAUAAUAUAAAUAUUAAAGGGAAACUAUAGUGCUAGAAAAAAGUUGGUUUUUCCUAGAACUAUAGAGCCGACAGGGGGGACCUAAUGCACAUGUGCGAUAAUCGCUUCAGUCACAUUAGGACUUGCCACAUAGGAAAGUACUGUAUAAUGCUUUCCUAUGGGGUUUUAAGUGACGCUGGAUGUCCUCAUACAGGGGGCGAGGACGUCCAGCGUCAGUUAGAUGACUAAAACUCGCCUAACUACCUGGAAGUCCCUCUAGUGUCUGUAUGGUAGACAACCACUAUAGGUGGAGUUAACCCUGCAAGGCAAUUAUUGCAAUUUGUCAACUCUAGCAUGCAAGGUCAUUGAGCAGGGCCCUCAACACCAUCUGUUCCUGUGCGUCCAUUUGUCUGGUUACAAUUCCGUGUCUGUUGGUCCACCCAUUUUACAACGCUACGGAAUUUGCUGGCGCUAUAUAAAUAAUAAUUGCAAUUGCAGGGUAAGGGGCCUGGGACACUGCACCCAGACCACAUCAAUAAGCUGAAGUGGUCUGGGUGCCUAUAGUGUCCUUUUAACAUGGAGUCAUAUGGGUAAUACAGGGUUAAAGGAAUGUCAUGAUUUAUUGUGAAUAAAAGAACAUUUCCUAUUAAUGAUAAGUGUUGUCCUUUCAGGAUGAAGUACCUUUGGACAUCUCAUAUGUGCAGUUUUGCUUCUUUCGGACUCAUUAGUUCAGAAGUUUGGGGACCCGUGUUGAAGUGUUUUAGACUUUACACCCCACAGAGGGUUUGUAUCCUUCAGACAAAAUAUUUCUAUCAGAAGUUAAUCUGCGUUACUCCUGGGUAGCAGUGGUUGUAACAAUGAAUUGUGUAGAACUAUAGCAUAGAGUGACAAGUGGCAGAAUGGCUACUUGCCUAUCUAUUUAGACAUAUUUUAAGAUUUUUUGUUUUUCGUAGAGCUGGAGUGCUGUGAAAGGGGCACCAUAACCAUGUUAUCUCAUUGAAUUGGCUAUAAUGCUUCCUCAUUAAACUGAGCAAAAAAAGGUUGAACUGCUGGGAACUCUCGUAUAGCACUGAAACAUAAACCGUUUAACACUGAAUGGAGAGAUGGCAUCAGGUGGCUUUUUAGACAUUUCUCCCAGCGCUAUAAAAAAAAAAAAAGAAAAGAAAAAUGAUUUCACCAGGUGCAGACAGAGCAGACAAAUUAAGGUUUGAGAGAUCAAGAACCCUGUGCUGAACUUUGAUUCAUUAAACCACAAAUCGUACAGCAAACAUUGUCCACUGUAUUUAUAUAGCUGGUAUUGCUGUGCCAAAUUCGCCAUAUUGAUUGUGUGUCCAUUUCUGUUAACCCCUGCAGUCCUUUAUCCUAGAAACAGGACAUUUAUGGAAAAGAAACUAAAUAUCAGGAUUCUGCAGAGAUACAUGGGAACAUUCAACACUAGAUUAAACAGCUAGCCAUGCUCCCACCCAGACCAGCAAUAAUGAGGGUUUCUAAAAGUGAUAGAAAUGGAGUAGAGAACACUGACCGUUGGCUUUAAUCUAUCAGUAUAUUUAAUUAAUUAUCCCACAGUCUGUAACGAAAUCUAAUGAUUAGUUACUGCAUUUGGAAAGAACUUCGGAUAACGCAAUAGAACAGUAAAGGAGAGCAGGGCUGGCCAAAUGGUAGAUAUCUAAAUGUUGUAGCGCUACAGUUGCCAUGGUUCUUUCACAGCUUUUACAAUGGCAUUCCAUCAUGGAAGUUACAGAUUUACAACAUGUGUGGAUCUACCAUUCGCCCUCUCCCCUACAUUGGAUGCUCUGCAUUCUUCUAUAACCUGUAAUGAGGCAAAAUGUGAUACUUUGUUGAACUAAUUUACAUAUGCCCACCCAGAAUCCUUUGCAGUAGUAACGUCACUGCAAAUUUGUGAUUUCUGUGGGAAAAGCAAGUCUUAAAGCUUGACUGGUGGGCAGAUCUUUGUAUGUAUUUCCAAAAUUGGUCACUAGAUGGCAGCAUCACUGCUCUACAUUUAAGACCACCGUUUUUUGAUGCAUCAAAAUAUAUUCAUGAGUAAGACAUGUUAGGAUAGAUUAAACAUGCAGAAAAUAUAUUUUAUACAGUCAGGCUCAUUUUUAUAUAAAGUGACCUACUAUUGUGUGAUAUUAGAGUCUUACUGUGUCUCGGGUUUGAUCAUUUGUAGCCCUAAGUAUUUGAUAAAUUUACCUGUCUCAAGAGUCAAACACUGGGGACAUGGAACCCUGCCUAGCAAGGGGAGAGCCACGGGCCUUGGAUUUCUUUAGAUUGCACUGCCAGGAGAUUCUCUCGCACUGCUGCCAUUGACCCAUCAGCAGAGCGUGAAUGGAACAUCUUUAAUGGAGAUAUCUCUCUAUUUAACUAUAUACACCUGCGCUGGACUAGUACUCUAGUUACCGCAUGGCGCCUGUGUGGAUAGAUGUGCGCGUGCUUUUGUUUACAUAUUCACAUAUAUUUCUAAUAUUGCAAAUUUAAGAGUUCAUUUUACUUGGAGGGAAUUAUUUAGAUUUGUGUAAUAGAAUUGUUAGUAUGUAUGUAUGUAGGUAUUUAAAUAACUUGCUAUUUUUUUUUCUUUUCCAGACAAAUGUGAUUAGAUAUUGUGUGUCCAUCAUGCUAAUAAUAUAUUUAAUAUUUAAGGUGGGUAAUGUGCCCUUAUGGUAAUUGACAAUCCUGUUUUUAAUAGUUUGUAUAAUUAAUUUUUUAGAUAGAACUGCUGCAGAUGACAAUGUUACUUUGACAGCCGAUCACAGGUGACAAUGUUACUGUGACAGCCAAUCACAGGUGACAAUGUUACUUUGACAGCCAAUCACAGGUGACAGUGUUACUUUGAAAGCCGAUCACAGGUGACAAUGUUACUUUGACAGCCAAUCACAGGUGACAGUGUUACUUUGAAAGCCGAUCACAGGUGACAAUGUUACUGUGACAGACGAUCACAGGUGACAAUGUUACUGUGACAGCCGAUCACAGGUGACAAUGUUACUGUGACAGCCGAUCACAGGUGACAAUGUUACUGUGACAGCCGAUCACAGGUGACAAUGUUACUGUGACAGCCGAUCACAGGUGACAAUGUUACUGUGACAGCCGAUCACAGGUGACAAUGUUACUGUGACAGCUGAUCACAGGUGACAAUGUUACUGUGACAGCCGAUCACAGGUGACCGUGUUACUGUGAAAGCCGAUCACAGGUGACCGUGUUACUUUGACAGCCGAUCACAGGUGACAAUGUUACUGUGACAGCUGAUCACAGGUGACAGUGUUACUGUGACAGCCGAUCACAGGUGACAAUGUUGGCCUAUUCAGAAAAUGAAACUCUAUUUUUGUUUUUUCUAGUUUUGGCCUCGGCUAUCGGAGGAGCUUUCUGAACUGAGAGAAUUCCAUGAUCCGGAUACUGUGCAGUUAAUGAGCUGGAUCAAGUAAGCAAGUUUUAAUUAUUUUGCAGUUGUCUUUUUCAAAAUGUGGGUUUUACAUGAACUAUAAAGAACACUAACCCCUCUCACCCCCCACCCCAAACAUACACAAGACAUUUAAACCAUACGAUGCUUAGGUCACAAAAUAUUUUGUGUAAGAGUUUGUAUUUUUGUAAGAGUUUGUAUUUAGGAAACGUUUGUGCACAUUAAAAUUGUGCUUUAAUAACCGGGUUAUUAACUAAAGUGAGGAUUCAAAGUGAUUAUCCCACCCUGACUUCACCCGGCACUCGUGUGGACAAAUCACUGGCUUCUCAUGGCGAAGCCCGUGAUUGGACCACUUCGCCAGAUCACAUGUGCGUGCUCCGGGUAGGAAGAGGGAGGAUUUCUCCCAAGUUUUUGAACUGCAGUAGGCAGCACCCACAGAGAGAGGGAAGAGCUGGCUUCCCCUUGCCGGUGCUCUUGUUAAAUUUGUUGGACGAGUGCUGUGCUCAUUAUUUUAUGCACAGAAUGUAUAUGCAGAAACACUACCACCAUGACGACUUCAAAUCACUGUGGUCAUGGUGGUUGGAGUAACACUUUAAUUAUACUUAUUAUGUGAAUAUAGCAGAGACAUACAAGUUGCAUAGUCGUAUUUUUAUUUUUUCGAUUUAGCUCAUUUGUAUUGUUCAGUUUAGCUAUUAUUUUUCAUGAUGCUGGCGUACAAGUUAAGAUGAGAAGUUGGGCUGUCACAUUGCAUGUACCGAUCUAUUUCCUCCCAUAAGCCUAGACACUGGCUCGUGGCUCACUAAACCUUUGCAGUGGGUGACUGCAUGUAUCUGCUUGUAUACCCUGGGCAAUAAAACACCAGUCACAUAAUUUCUUUAAAUCUAUUUUUUAGUGAUCUAAAAAGCACAAUGUACAGGUUAAACGUAGUUACAAUGUAGUCUGAAAAUGACUUUGCUAUCCUCCAUUUUUGUUGAUGAAAUCUCUAACUGUAUAAUUUAAAAAGGAAAAAAAAAAAAACAACCUCUCUGUAAUAAUAAAUAAAUCUGAGCUUUUUUCUCCUUCAUUUGGUUUCCGAUGCGUAUUAAUUAUUACCCAAAUCUAGCUCUUAGUCAUCCAUAUUAUUGACUUUUUAUUGUCUGAUAAACGUUCAAUGCUUGGCAUAGUACAACGUUAUGUGUGCAUUAAAGCAUUUUAAUAUUUUAUGUAUCUGAUCUCAUGAGAGUAGUCAUUGGCUUGUUUUAUCUCUACGCAACCCAUAUAAAACUGAAAAUAUCUCAGUCUUUCUGGAGAAAUACAAAACAAACAUUAUUAAGUCAUCCAUGUGUUUGCGCUGGCGAUUGGAUGUGAGGUUAAUUACGGAGAUUUGUCUUUGGAAUGUGCUGCAUUGUCAGUGAUUAAUAACAUCCAUAACAAAUGUAUAUAUUUUAUAGGAGCUCCACUUCAAAUUGAUUUUUUUUUUUUUUAUAUCUUUAUUUUUUUUUUAUUAGAUUCACUUAUUUAUUCUAACUAUAUUCCACUCACUCAGUAUGAUGACUUGAAUGGUUAAUCCAAAGGGAUUAAUUUACAAAUAAACAUAAACUGGUGAUUCUGGAAAAGUGACAGUGUAAAUGUAAAGUUUAGGCCAAUAUAGCAAAAUUGGGCGCAUUUUCUUUUUCCUGUUUUGCUGUUCCUGGUUUGUUUGUUUUUUGGAGUAUUUGUUAUUUCUUUUUUUUUUUUUUUUUUUUUCCUGCAAAGAGUUUGUAGAAUUUUAAUGAUGGAAACCAAAAAUCCAAAAUGACACCAACGCACAUACAAGUCUGGCUAUUCAAUACCCUUUUGUGAUAUAAAUAUAAUUAUUUAUUUAAAUUGUUAGUUAUAUUCACUUCGUUAUGAUUGGACUUAAUGAUAUUGCCAUGACUGAUUAUAUAUUCAUUGCCUAAGAAAUAUCAAACAUUAAAAUGAAUUCUAUAUUCUAUUGCUUUGGUAAAUUAUAAAUUAAAUACUUUACCUCCUCUCCAGCACUGUCACUUCUGCCAUGAUUCAGAGUUUGUUGGUAUAACGCUAUUAUAACAGCCAGCCUCUAUUUUAUCUCUUCUAACAUACAGACCGAUGCACUGGAUUCAUUGCCUGUGCAUCAUUCUCCGAACAUGUCUGAUGGGGAAUAAUGUGAUCUUCAGUCGGGUCACAGCGUACAUGCAAUGCUGUCAUUCGAAUGUAUGCCUGUAUUUUUUAUUAUUGUAUAUCCACUAGCAAUUCUACUAUCACAAUGUAUAGAUGAAAUGUUAUAUACAAUUUCAGUUGCUGUGCUUUGGAGCACUGAAUGCCUAGUGUGCCACUGCAAACUGUGCCAUUGGGGGCACUAAGACCUAGUGGGGGAGGAGGUAAUAAAUCUCUCCCUCUGCCACCCACUGUUUACAGAAUAGGCACCCAGGGUGCCUUUUAACCCCUUAAGGACAUGUGACUUGUCAUGAUUCCCUUUUAUUCCAGAAGUUUGGUCCUUAAGGGGUUAAUAACCAGCAUUUAGAUGGCAGGUGGUAUCCCCAGGCUCUUCCUGCCGAAGGAUUGGAAGGCAGAGCUGACCAGUACUGAGGGGGUAAAUCCUCUAGGCAGUAUUGUGCAGCUUACCUCACAGUAUACUAGCUGGGUGAGGAGAGACCAGACCCUGCAUUAUUAUGGGGGGCUUGCUGUGGAUUACCAUUACCCAGAGAAGGGGCUUUGCCAACCUCAACACAUUGAGUACAUUAUGACUGCAAAAACGACAAUUUAAGGGGACGGGGCCUGACCGCCAACCGAGCAGGACACACAUAUUAAAAUAUAUCUAUUUGUUUUAUUGGGGAACUUAUGUAUUAAUAUAGAUGGCCAUCUACAUCAGCAGACAUUUAAUUUUAGAUAAGGGUGUGUGUGAAAAUAUACUAAUCAAUAUUACAAAUUUAAGCACUUCAAAGAGGGAAGCAACAGUAAUCCUAAAAAAAUGUUUUUAAAAAAAAAUGUCAUAAGACACUGUAACACAGUUUGACGGAGCUCCUGUACUCCAACAGCGUACCUCCACUUUCUAGUUGCUGGCCGGGACCAUGGAGCACUCUUUAAUCUCAGUUGCUGAUGCUCAACUGGGGUCUUUCUGAAGCUUUUCCAGCCAACCAGGCUGCAGCUCUCCUUCCAAGCAGGUAUCGUCACCUCUGCAGCCCUUCUUCCAGGCAGGUAUCGUCACCUCUGCAGCCCUUCUUCCAGGCAGGUAUUGUCCCCUCUGCCUAUACCUCUGCAGCCCUUCUACCAGGCGGGUAUCGUCCCCUCUGCCUACACCUCUGCAGCCCUUCUCCCAGGCGGGUAUCGUCCCCUCUGCCUACACCUCUGCAGCCUUUCUUCCAGGCGGGUAUCGUCCCCUCUGCCUACACCUCUGCAGCCUUUCUUCCAGGCGGGUAUCGUCCCUUCUGCCUACACCUCUGCAGCCUUUCUUCCAGUCAGGUAUCGUCCCCUCUGCCUACACCUCUGCAGCCCUUCUUCCAGACGGGUAUUGUCUCCCCUGCCUACACCUCUGCAGCCCUUCUUCCAGGCGGGUAUCGUCCCCUCUGCAGCCCUUCUUCCAGGCGGGUAUCGUCCCCUCUGCCUACACCUCUGCAGCCCUUCUUCAAGGCUGGUAUCGUCCCCUCUGCAGCCCUUCUUCCAGGCGGGUAUUGUCCCCUCUGCAGCCCUUCUUCCAGGCGGGUAUCAUCCCCUCUGCCUAUACCUCUGCAGCCCUUCUUCCAGGCGGGUAUUCACCUCUGCCUGCAAUGUGAUUACUCUUGUCAUUACAAAGGCACUUGUGGCUGUCAGGCAUAGCUCUCUUUGAUUUGUCCCCAAGGCUAGAGGAAACAUGCAUCCAACCUACAGGUACAACAACUCUGUGACUGGGAUCUCUAUAAAUCCACACAGGGCACACAUUUCCAAAAGGAAAACUAAUACACAGCUUUAUUUUUACUUGGGACUAGCCCAUAUACUUAUUACAUCUAGAUUGUGGUGACAAACUUAAAUACAAAUAACCAAAACAUGUCAGACAACAUACAGGGAAUCAUAAUAACAUUAUUAAUAAAGGAUUGGGGAAGACUAUAUUUAACACACGAUAUCUCUUCUGCCUGUAGAAUUUAUAAUCUGCAAAUCAACCUGAAUAUGCAAAUUACAAGCCUUGCUAUUCAGGUAGUGCAUAUAGCUGGUGCUACCAAGAGAUGGCACUAUACAGGCUCCAUAGCCAAAUACACUUACUUGGUAACAAGCAUCAGCAGGACAGGAGAGCACACAUUUAACCACAACCAUAUUAUACACACCCUGCACCUGUAAUGGACACAUGGUGACUAAAACAUAAGAACAAAUCAGUGAAGUGUCCUUCUGCUCCCCGUGAUGGUGACUAGCCUCACACACUGUAUCAUAACACACUGUUGUUGUUGUGGUUUUUUUUUUUUUCUUGUACAAGUAGGCACUUACAAUUAUUUUUAUUUUCUAAUGUUAACUUUUUUAUUUAUUUAUUUUUUUUUAAAGACUGUCAUGAAAGUUCUCUUUUAAAAAUAAAUUUUAAUAUUUUUACAUUUAUUUUAAGGUCUAACACUCCAAGGAAUGCAGUGUUUGCAGGAAGCAUGCAGCUUCUGGCUGGGGUCAAGCUGUGCACAGGGAGAAUUCUAACCAAUCACCCCCAUUAUGAAGACAAGAGUCUCCGCGAUCGGACAAAGCAGGUGAGGUCACAGAGAGAGCCAUCUGUUUCACAGCACUCUCCAUCAGAGGCUCAUUGUAGUGAAUCCUCAAUUAAUACAGCACUUAUGAAGCAAUGCAACCUAUUACUACAGAGCAACAGUGGAGCUAGCUAACUAACUCGUCUAGGUCUGUCAGAAAAGCAAAAUGUCCGCUCCCAGUAACUCUGAUCUGCAUAUUGUUGAAGGGUGUUAGACUGCAAAGGGACAGAUGGAUUUAUAAUCCACACGCGAUAUUAUAAUAUGUCUAUUUCAAAGCCGGUGGGCUGGUUCCUGCAGGUCUGGCUGCAGACAGAUGGCACUAACGUUACAUUAAUUCUGUUAUCUGAUGUCUCAGGUGUACCAGAUCUAUGCAAAGAGAUCCCCCGAAGAGGUUCACAGUAUACUAAGGUCGUUCAGAACGGAUUAUAUGAUUCUGGAGGACAGUAUAUGUUAUGAAAGGCGCCAUGGGCGGGGCUGUCGUUUACGGGACCUACUCGAUGUCGACAAUGGACAUGUAAGAACAAUACAGAAAAUAUUGAAUGCCUCUAUAUUGUAAAUUGACACCUUCACUUUCUGGCUGUAGAUAAUAUAUUGGCUGUGUGUAGUAUGAAUGAAGACUGAAAGAUGGAUAUAUAUAUAUCCCCAAACAAACUGUCAAAGGUCCUUUUUAUAGGUAACCCCAAAAGACUAGUGUAGGUUUUCUUUAUACCCAAUGACCAGUGUCAAAGGUCCUCUUAUGACUAUAACGGAAGAAGCAGAACCAUCUACUUUUGCUGCCACUUAAAGGGCACAUUGGGUUAAUUGAAGUAAUAGUAGUGGCUUAGCAAGAUAACAUUUAUAUUUUUAGGUAACCUCCAGUCCUUCUAAAUGUAUCCCUUUUCCCCCUCGCCUAUGCUUACUUACACUAUGGGUGAGACGGUCUUUGGUCGCUGAUUUUUUAUUUUUUUUCUCCAAAUCUCUUUACAGAUCAUGGAUGGACCUGGUGACAAUGAUCCUGAUUUAAAGCCAUCCCCGUCUCCUCGUUUCUGCGAUGAGAUAAAGAGAGACAACCCAUCCUAUACCAAUUACUUCACCAGGGUCUUUAAAAACAAAACCUUCCAUGUCUACAGACUGGCAAAAAAGUCUAGCGGUAAAUAG